GUCACACCGUUGGUCUGGAUACAUAAAAUAUUAAUCUAAUUUCCGUUAUCCGGCAGACACCGGACAGUAGGGAGCAGGGUGACAGGGAUCACACCCCGUGAUGUCACCAGCAGGAAGCUCGGCGAUCUCCAACAUGGCGACCGGAAGCAGGAAGUGAGAGCGGCGAGGGGUGUACACACCAGGAACCGGGGGGGAACGGAAACACCGAAACUAUGGAGCUGUGAGACGGUAGAAACCAAGAAUAAGGAUCGGGACUCCGCGAAAACUACCUGAGACAGCACUUAAAGUAAAUAUAUUCCGUAAAGUGUCCUGGGGUGUAAAUAGUGAUGUGAGGGCCUGCGGACACGGAAACACCGCCUAGAAAGUGUUGAAAUCGGUGACAGCUGGCUCCUGGGUGAUAGGACCGGCAAAUCACAACGCUAGCCAGGUCCAAGGGAGCUGAGGGGCCCGUGUGAAACCCAAGUUGUGUAUAAUGGAGGAGAGCAGGAGGGAAGGUGGUCUUUAAAGGUGGGUGAGGGGGAAAUGAUCCAGGCACUCGGGGGUGAAGGAUCAGUGGGGGAUUCUCUCAUCCCCUUUACUAAUCGGUGUUUUUUUUCCUGUAUCUAAAACUUUUCACUGAUCUAAAAUGCCCCCAAGUGUCUGGCAUUGUAAAGGAAUGAUGGGCUACGUCAGUUCGUGUGUUUCAUAAUGGGCCCUUACCAUCUUGUUGUAUCUUUUCAUAAUGGGCCCUUACCAUCAUGUUGUGCCAUUUAUACUAUUUAGUGCCUGAAAACUGCUAGAAAGCCAGAUAACCAACAAUAUACUUUAUAUUUGAGCUCAGGUGUCAACAGUCACAGCUGACUUGGGAAGUUGGACCAUUUGCAGACCGGUAAAUAGUAGCUAGUGGGCCAUUGCAUUAGUACAGGAAGAUCUCCCCUUCUUACAUUGAUAUUUGUAGUAUUGGAUACAGGAGCAGGCAACCUUGGACACACCAAAUGUUGGGGAAUACAGCUUAAUUAAAGUGACACUAUAGACACACAGACCACUUCAGCUCAAGGAAGUGGUCUUGGUGCAGUAUUCCUGUUCACCUUAGUCCUGCAAUGUAAAACAUUGCAGUUUUUGAGAAACUGUACUAAGACAGCCUCUAUUGGCUAUAUUUAUUUAAUGCUUUCCUAUGGGGAGGGCCUAAUGUGGGAGGGCUUGUCUCACAUGCGCACUACUUCUGAUGAUGUUAGAGACAGGGUGCCGAAUUCUCACUUUAGUAAGAAGCCUUUUGUUGUUCCUGAAUACAAUAAUGGUUUAGUGAUAUUUUUCUGAUUGUACUGAUAUGAGUGCUCACUCUUAUAGUCUAUCAACAGGAUAUUAUUAUCAUUUAUAUAGCGCCAGCAUAUUCUGCAGAGCUUUACAAUUAUACAAAGGGGAUAUAUAGAGGCAAAGAAGACCAAACUCAAAUGAGCUACAAUCUAUGAGGAUUUGAGGUAGACGGAUAUAGAGUAAUUGUGUGCUGUAAAAAGAAUUGUUAUAUAGAGCUAUACAUAGGCAAGUUUCAUAUUUGCUGAUUAACUUUUACAUUUUAAAAUAUCCAUCACAUUUUAUUAGUUUGUGUUGGCCUACAGAGUAAAAUGGGGCAUGUAGUUUAACAGCAUAGGUAUAAUGAUGGACAUCCUCUUUAUGAUUCUUUACAUAUUUAAAAAAAAAUAAAAAAUAAAUGGACUAGCAUAACUUACACUUUUGUUUUUGAAAUAAACUGCUCUUUUUAGGGGAAAGAGAAAGUUAAACACAGCUGGUAACCUACAUUAUGUUAAAUAGAAAAAGUGUAAUUACACUAAACAGGAAAUUGCCAUUGUCCCUUGUUUCUUUAAUUAUGGUGUGUGAAGCCCAGGAUGACAAUUUUCCCUAAGCUAAAAUCUAACAGAUAAAUAAACACAAUUGUUAUUGCUUCCAAAUGCUAAUAAAUCCUUGAAAGGAUAAUGGAAAAAUCUGCCAUAAUGUUUUAUUAUAACAUCAGUAAAACACUAGUAGUAUGAUAUUUAAAGCAUCACUCUUCACAGGUGUUCUAAUUUUUUUUGGUCCCUCUAUUUCCUCAUAUCUGAAGGGUAUACAUCGUAACCAUAUGAUUUAACCUCAAAGUCUUAAAGCUAGAUCCCUGAUUCCUCUGCCCCUGAAACUCUCAGUAGCACUCCAUUGAGAAAAGAUAGUGAAAAAGAUACUUACCGUUUUCACUCUUUCUUAACAAUGGGGAGCUACUAAUAUGCUGAGAAUGCUCUCUGCCUAUCAGAGGUGUUCAGUCUGAGGAUUCCUGAUUGAGGCCUCGGACAUGGAGCGGAAGUUAAGGGGAAGAGAGAUUGGGUGCUGGCUUGAAGAUAUUGGGAUUAAACAGUUUGUUAGUGGUUUAACCCCUUUAAGUAAGGUGACCCCCAGGAUCUUCUCGCAUCAUUACAACUUCAUUCUGAUGUUAUGGUGCCCAGACUGUCCCUUUAAAUAAUGGGAAGUACCAUGAAGAGAUAAUAUAUUAAGAGAUAAGGAAAGGAAAACUGAAAGAAAAAAAGGGGGACAGUGCUGCUUUAUGUUCACAUAAUUAUGUGUUUAUUGGCAUUAAGAUCUCAAAGUUCAGGUUGACAAAUUGUUUUAGAACAUGUUUUUUUUUUUUUUUCUCAGUGCUAGGAAAGAAGCACACACCUAGAGUUGUAACCGAAAUACCUCACAAAUUAGUCACUUCUGAGUUUUAACAUUUGAUAGACACUUAUGUGUAAUAGUGUCCGCAUUAAAUGUUGGCUGUUUAUUCCUAUUUACAUGUUGAUCUCUGCCCUUAGUGUAUUUAUGUAAUCAACUUCAUUGGAUUUUGAUUCUUUGACAGUCAUGCCUAAAAACUGUUUUAUUAUGUUGGUGCUUUAUAAAUACCUCUAUCAAUAAUGCAUAUAAUCACACUUGUUUUCAUAAUGCACAGCUCAUUACAGUAUUAUACUAAUAUGACUACCGGGUAUAUAAAGAACUUACCACAAAUCAGCAUUGAUCAAAUAAUACAUCAUUUGUUUGUCAUACAUUUGUGUGUUAAGAAAGAAAAAAAAAGUUUGUUCUUGGUAUUUAAGUGGAAAUGAUCAGAAUGUUAUCUUAUCAGAAGGGUGUGAUUAAGCAUGUACUAAAAUCCUCCUAUGUCAGGUCCUGCAAAAAAUGUCAGGAAUGCUAUCAGACAAUUUGUCUUGUUCCCCAUUGUUGAUGUUGGUAUUCCUAUGUUUGUUGGACAGGUUUCUUAUUGUUCUCUUUCUUUCUCAGACUAGAACUGAUAAGAUUGUCAGAGAAAUGGAUAUAAGGGGUUAAGAAAUGUAUAACCAUUUGUUGUUGCUACAUUUACAGGUAGAUAUAAGCAAAGAAAGGGAAAAGCCCAUUCCCAUCCCAGACUUUCAGUUCCUGUAGGUGUUGCUUUGUUUGCAGCACCUUUACAUACUGUAUAAUGGAGGGCCCCAGGGCUGGGUGUGAAGCAGCAAACGAACUAGAAUAAGAAGACCAGUAGUCUUGAGAUUAACGCUGCAUAACAGAACUCUUUGACUGUUACUUUCUGUUUCUGUUUUACAGAAAUACAUCCUAGUGGACAGGCGUAAUUAAUGUUCACUUUACAAAGUGAGGUGUAUAGAAAUAUAGGUUUUUAAAUCUGAUUUUUAUCACUCCAUAUAGUUCAGUUUCAAUAUUUAUAGAACUAGGGCAUGUGAAGUUCUCAAAUUUUUACUGUUGCAAUGUGAAAAAAUUGUAGCUAUAACUACAGUGCUUAAAUACUCAUGGGUAAAUUAUGUAAAAAUCUAUUAAAGGACCACUAUAGUGCCAGGAAAACAUACUCGUUUUCCUGGCUCUAUAGGAUCCUUGGGUUCCCCUCACCCUCUGGGCCCCCCUCCCUCCGGGCUCUGGGUGAGGAAAGGGUUAAUCCCUUACCUUUUUUCCAGCGUCGGGCUCCCUCGGCGCUGGGGAAUAUCCUCCUCCUUUCCUGUCAUCAGCUGAAUGCGCAUGCGCGGCACGAGCUGCACGCGCAUUCAGCCAGUCUCAUAGGAAAGCAUUCUCAGUGCUUUCCUUUGGAUGCUGGCUUCUUCUCACUGUGAAAAUCACAGUGAGAAGCGCGGAAGCACCUCUAGCGGCUGUCAAUGAGACCGCCACUAGAGGCUGGAUUAACCCUAAAGUAAACAUAGCAGUUUCUCUGAAACUGCUAUGUUUACAGCAGAAAGGGUUAAUCCUAGAUGGACCUGGCACCCAGACCACUUCAUUAAGCUGAAGUGGUCUAGGUGCCUAUAGUGGUCCUUUAAUGGUGUAACUGUAAUGCUUUUUGUCAGGUUUAAAAUAGCUUGUUGAAGUGUGCUAAAAAGAGUAACUUUCCAGCUGCAGAGGAAGUACAGUGCAGUGAUACUUAGCACUCAUUCAGAAAGUCACUCAAGAUGAUUGAAAGGAACAUCCCAAGCACCAUACCCACUACAAUGCAUUGUAGUAGUUAUGGUGUCAGGAGUGUCCUGGUGCACUCCUCAUCCUGUUCGCCCCUGUCCUACGUGAUGUCCAUCCCCAGCCAGCCAGCGGGGGUGCCAUCAGCAGAAGAAGACUGGUCUACAGGGAGAACUUGUCCAUAGAUCUGGAACCGAUCUAAGUACUAGCUGCUUUCCCUUGGGAUGGCAGGAGAGGUUGAAGUGCUACUCUGACCAAAAACAAUGUUUUCUCACAGAUUUCCCGCAAAAGGCACCUAUGCUUAACAGACAUUGACAUUACAUGUAAAUCACAUAGUUUACAUGAUUUAAUUACGUCAAUAAAUUGUAAAGUUUGUGUUACAUCUGCACAGAUAUGAAAAGCAUGCAAAAUGCGAGAAUUGUGUUAUGUACAAUAGAAUAUGUAAAUCAGACUGGCUCUGCUACUGUCUCACUGUGCGUCACUACAAUGACGCAGCCACAUAUGCAACCACAUAUGGAACACACUGUGAUACACUGUGUGUUCUGGCAUCUUUCUAUCAUGUAAAAGGUAAUAGGAUCAGCACUAAGUAACCAAUAGACAGCUAAAAUAAAUGAAGAAAUGGGCCGCAACCUAAGGGUAUGAUGUUCCAUCAAAACAUCAGCAAAAAGUACAAAUGUAAAAACAGAAUAUAGGUUGCGCCAAAGAGUGGUAAAAUAUAAUAAAACAAUGCGUACUUACAUAAAAUUAAUACAAAGGAAAUAGAGUCCUGAUUAAAACGUAUAGAAAAUAGUCCAAGUUUUGAUUGAAGGGAUAAAUAAAUGGUGUGAGACUUGUAGGGUCCAGAAUGUAUCCAGAUGACGUGGAGGCAUAGAAGAAAAGAAAAUUCCAAUAGUGUGAAACUGCGGUGGAAAGAUGAAGAUAAUAGCAAUAGGGGUCCUCCUACUCACCUAUUGUAGAUCUAUGGCCAGCUCAGGAGUAAAUAGCAUUCAGUGGCGUCGAUCCCCCACUGGUAGGAUAUAGGGGCCGGUAGGUGGUACAUGUCCUUGGUAUGGGGGAAGAGGAAAAUAAAAACAAAUAGUGCUCUCUGUAUGCAGCAUUAAAAGGUAAGAUUAUAAAAGGUAUAAUACUCACAUAUAAGUGAGCAGGAUGUACUGCUCACUAUACUAGCGUAGGUCGUAUAAUCCCCACCUAAGAUUUUUGGGUGAGUUGAUAAUCCAGAGUAUCCAAUGACCAGGUAAGAAAAGUAAAAUAAAAAGAUAAAAAUACUAUAAAAAAGGUAUAUGGCACAAAUACUAUAUGAGGGGCCAAUAUUCCUUUAAUAAUAGAUAAUAAAAUACAUGAAAAAACAGCUGUUUUUAAAUACCUUAUUUAUAGUAUUUUUAACUUUUUUUUUUUUAUCUUCCUGUAAAGAGAGCCCUAUUUAGGCUUUCUUUAUUGUAAGUUCUGUUUAAUUAAGAUUUUCUUAUCCCCUUCUAUGUUAAUAGCUUGCUAGACCCUGCAAGAACCUCCUGUAUGUGAUUAAUGUUCAAUUUAGAGAUUGAGAUACAAUUAUGUAAGGUAAAUUACAUCUGUUUGAAAGUGAAACCAGUUUUUUUUUUUUCAUGCAGGCUCUGUCAAUCAUAGCCAGGGGAGGUGUGGCUAGGGCUGCAUAAACAGAAACAAAGUGAUUUAACUCCUAAAUGACAGUGAAUUGAGCAGUGAAAUUGCAGGGGAAUGAUCUAUACACCAAAACUGCUUUAUUUAGCUAAAGUAAUUUAGGUGACUAUAGUGUUCCUUUCACUUUUCUCUUUGGUUACCACUUGUGGUCUAGUUUAAUUGAGCCUCAUAUGUAAGUUUGUAUUAAAAUGGUUCUAUUGCGAAUUUUUUAGAUUUUUUGGUUUAUUAUCUUUUUAUAUAAUGGCCAAUUUAUGCUAUCUGGAAUAUGAUAGCAUAAAUCAGCCUUUUCCUGUAUAACUGACAUUGUCGAAAUAAUUUAGGCAAGUUGUUGUACAGUAUUGUUGCUCUUAACAGUGCAAUAACCAUAUGAUGUAAUAAAAAAAAUAAAAAAAAAUUCUGUACUGGUUAUGAGUACCCUGGCACUAUUUCCUUGUAAUGAGGCAAACCUUUUAGCCCUGUUAUCUAGAUUCCCACUGGGUGCCUGCUCUCCUCUGGUGUUGGCUGAACAACAUCCAUCUGCUGCAGAAGCGUAAUGCCAACCCCGAUGCUACUCAUUGCUUCAGAACAUCCACUGGGCUCUCUGAGGCAAUGAGUGAGUGUCUGUGCAUCAAAGUGUGCACAAAACACAAAAAAUUAGCCAGUUGGCUAAUGACGCCCCAGUGACCUCAGGCCGGAAAAGGACAAAACUCAGUAUAUGCAGCAUUUCAUACCGAAAUCCUGCACAUACAGACUCCAGGCACCAUGAUCACAUCAAAUCAGUGGUCAUUGAGUUCCAAGAAAACCUUUAAAGAAACACUAUAGUCAGGAAUAUUCCUGACCCUGUAGUGUUAAACACUAUUUUGGUUGCCCUCCAUAAAUAAGGUUAAAUAUUACCUUAAUUCCAGGGCCACCUGAGGUCUGCGGUUGCUGGCUCCAACUCCUUGGCUGAGAUCAUCAGAAUUGAUGAUCUCAGCCAAUCCAAUUCUUCCCUGCUCAUUGUGCAACACUGACCCAGGAAGCACCUCUAGUGGCAGUCUAAGGUGUUACACCAUAUGUGUCAGCAUUUACUACCGUGUACUAAACAGCGGGUAGCUGACACUUUGAGCAAAGCAUCCUGUGACUUGUUUGGUUGUCCAGUCCUCGAUAUCCUGUUCACUUUCAUAGUUUUCAGCAAUCUCGGCUGUAGCAGAGGCUAAGUGAUAGAGUAGGAUUUAAAAAGGGGUGCCACAUUAGACUCUUUUCACAGUUAUAGGAGAAACAGUUUUAUAGCACUUUUCCCCUUCCUCUACCCCUUUAAAGCUGCCCUAUACUGACACUAGGUAUUCAUUGGAAAAAUGAUAUAUUGACAAUUAUUAUUUGUAUAAUCCUUACUCUCCUAGUGUUGCUAUUUCGCUACAUUACUACGACUUUAAUAUACAGAUAGGACUGUACUUACAUAUUAUAUUUUAUACUAUUCACAUCUGUAUAUAUUUUAUUAUGAUAUAAUAAAAGUUGUUUUUAUUUAUUAUUUUUCCACUAGUACUAUUUAAUCUCUCACUAGGAAUACAUGCUCAUUAGUAGAUUUAUUUUCUUUUUUUUUUUUUUUCUUUAGUUAGGUUUUUGCAAUUUUGAUAGUCAACCAUUUAGGGGUUACCCCCCCAUUUUUUUGCUACUAAAUGUGUGCCUUUUCCCUAUAUACUGGUGUGACUUUAUUUGACAAAAAUGACGGUGUUACUAGGUGAUACUAAGCCUGCAGGGACAUACUAUACACACCAGAACAACUAUAUUAAGCUGUAGUUGUUCUGGUGACUCUAGUGUCUCUUUAAAUUUUUUUUAUUACUAUGCUAUGUAGUGAUAUGGUAAUUCUCAGCAGUAGGAGGAAUUGCAUGACAUCAAAUGCUCUAGGGACUUUGAUUCAGAAUUCCACGUGGGUUUGCAAAGAACCCAUGAAAUUGUUCUGUUACCACAGACUGCAGUGGCCAUGAACACCCCACUAGACACAUGCUUCAAGGUUUCAUACAGUGGGACCCAGCAGAGCUGCACUACAUUCUGUUUAUUUUCUCUCUCUCCAAUCUUUUCUUGGAGUAGUUUGACAGAGUGGGGGUGCAGGGAUGAAGAGGGAGGCAUCGAGCACAGGGAUGUGGACUUUCUAAUCUUUGUUCCGCAGUGGUUUCCCUUCCCAAUAUCCUCACCGAAUUUUGAGUCUCUCUGGCUAAUAUCAAGCUAAAAGAGGAUAAGUCCCAGAUCCUCAAUGUUUACAUCCCACCCAGUGAGUCGGCUGCUUUGAGGGACAGUUUCCCAUUUAUAUGGUGCAAGGAUGAUAUGAAGUAUCUGGGAAUACCUAGACCCUUCUUGACUUUGUGGACUCAUUUUCCCUCCUCUUCUCAGAAUCCUUCAGACUGACCCUCAUUCCUGGCUCUCACAUUUCAUAUCCUGGUUUGGAUGGAUGCAGUCAAAAUGAACAUCCUCCUAAUGGUAUUCUAUCUUUUGCAGACCAUAACAAUUAAAUUGGCACUUUUAUAAAUGGGACUUUUAAAGUGAUACUCUAUAGCCAUAAAGUUUUUCAGCAAGCACAAGUGCUAUAUAUGUCUGGAGUGGUCCUUUAAAAUGAGUGCUACCUCCAGCUCUCUCACUUCCUUAAGUCAUUGUCUCUCCACUUAACCUGGCAACACUCUACUUUUCAAUCAUAGUGCCACUAACAUAAGAAACUCUGUAGAAGCAUCUAUUCUAUACCAGUUUUUACUGUCCUUUGUCAGAUGCUAAAAUUGAAGCAUGACUUUAAAACACCAACUCAAAUUGUUUGAUUUCAUUGCUGACUUUGCUGUUCCUCCCAGUUUUUCUCAGAUCUGAUCCAAUGUGUUGGUUCAGUAUAAAACUCUCAAUUCAGCAAGUUCAUAUAGGGUGACUAAUCCAGUUGAGUUCAGUUUUUAAGUCCAGAAAAAAUGUGACAAUUUACCCAAAUGAAUAACCGUAAACUCCGAUAUUAUUUUUAGUGUGUGUAGUAUUCAUGAAAUACCACCAAUUUCCAAAGCGCUGUUCAGUGGGCUCAAAAGGAACAAUCCAAUCUGGAUGAAGUGCUCCAUGUAUUCUUCCUAGCACGUUUAAAAAAAAAAAAAAAAAAAGUUUCAAGACAAAUCAGAGCUACGAUUAUAAAUCCCCUUAAUAUUACUGCUGGACAACCGGGAGGGAUUCCUGCCUUGACUCACUUAACAUGAUUUGUAGUUCAAUUGUAGCGGGCUGGAAUAUUUGUAAUUGAUAAGAACUGGUUUCAGUGAUCCCCCAUGGGAAAGAUUGUUGGUGGAUCUUUGUGAUUGCCAUGCAUGCACCAUCUGUCCCUAUAACUCUCUAUGAGAAACGUCUGAUUGGACAAAAGUCAUCCGUAAAACCGACUUCAUAGGAGGCAGAUCAGAGCUACCAAAAGGAGACUUCCAGGCACUGGAAAAAGGUGAGUUUAUUGAACUGGGGCAGUCAUCUAAGCACAAAUAGCAACCCUUACUUUUAAAUAUAGAUUUUUUUUUUUUCCCCUUUAAAUUGAGUUUUCAGAACAAAAAAUAAUUAGACAAUCUGGUUCAUAACAAAAGGAGAGCCCUACCCGUAAGCUUAACCCCUUAAGGACACAUGACGUGUGACAUGUCAUGAUUCCCUUUUAUUCCUGAAGUUUGGUCCUUAAGGGGUUGAAGGGCUGCUGCAAAUAAAAACGUUAAUUUUUUUUAAGAAAACACUGAUUUUGGUUAGUUUAACACUUUCUGAAGUGGUCCACCCUCCAAAAAAUGGAGAGAAAAACAAACAAACCUCCAUUGCCAAGUUAUCCCUGCAGCCAAAAUGUCAUUGCAUGAUGUCACUUGUCCUCACUAGAUGGUGAUGGAGGACAGACACAGCAUGGCGGGGCUGUGUCAGAUUAAUUUAUUGUUCAUUAAAAAUGUAGCACCUCCACAAUUUGUUGGUCAGUUCUUGGCAUAGUAUUCUCUAUGCCGACUGCUGGCUAAGCCAGGAUAUGACGGAGAACAGGAAAACCCUUCUUCAAGUGGUUGUCUUGCUCUAUCCCAUUCCUAACCCCCAAUCAAGGGUUUCUCCUGCUUGCAGGGGGGAAUAUAGACAAAAUUAUUCCUUAAGUGUUUUUAAAGCCACAUGUGUUGGCAUCAUGGGGGGGGAGGGGGGUAGCAUUCCCAAGCAGGACCAAUUGUAUGUGACAAUAGUGUAACACCCACAGACCUCUUAGAAUAGCAGGUAAGUAAACUAUUAUAGCUCCCACAGUAAAUGAAUUAUAUAUAUAUAUAUAUAUAUAUAUAACAUUAUGAUUGAUCCCUUGCUUGCAGAGUAUCCACAAAAGCUGUCCCACUCAUAACUUAAAAUGAGCAUAACUUCUCCAUACUGUGACUAUUUUUUUACACAUAGCUUCCCCGUUUAGUAAACCACACUAUGUAAAGCUCUCUCACUCCUUCGUCUGGGUCUUCCUUCUUGGAUAAGGUCCUUGCACUGUAACUACAACUGAAGUGGGUAUGGUGGGUGUUUAGAGUAACCCUUUAACUAAAACUCUCUUCCAGCCAAAAAUCACACUGAUGAUAUGUGCAGACUAUUUCGCAGGAAAUUCUGGAUUUCUAGAAUCACAUGUGCUACAGAAGACCAUCCAUAAACCAUGUCACUAGUGCACUGUGAUGUUAAGGAAAACUUGCCUUGUUAUUUUUUAGUCUUAUUAUUAUUGAUUGACUGGAAGAUAAGUUCUAAUUAUGAGAUAUUCACUCCACUUUUUGCCCCCUCAGCAUAUUUAUGAUUAGGUAAUGUGUGAUAUAAAUAUAAAUACCAAUCCUCUUCCUGCAUUAACAUGUAUUUAAGUAUGUCUUUUAUAUGUCGGCAUCCUACUCUUUUGUCUCCUUGCACAGGAGGAAUUGCAUUAUUGUUAAUGUGUCCCAAUUGAAGUAAGAUCAUGAAGCUGGGACCCUGAUGCUCUGCACAUUGCCUGGGAUGGACAGGGGGGCCAGAUACCCACAACCUGAACCACAACACGGAGCCAGUGGGAUGUGUUCUACGGCAGCCGUGCAGUACCAGUCAAUCCAGCCCGACAUUGAGGUAAUAUAGAACUCUGGGUACAAUAACUUGGUGGAAAUGCUCGACUUUGGUUUGUGUAAUACUUGGGCAGCAAGAUCCCUGCGUACAAAAAGCUGCAUAGUUUUGUCAUGGUGUUUGGCAUUCAACAGGAAUCAGUGCACAAAAAAAGAGGGGAAUAAGAGAAGUAUGAGGAGAAAGCAAUUUGUGAAACGUGUUACACAAAAAAAUAUAAGUUAAAAUUUUUCCAUGGGAAAAAAAAUAGUAAAAUGUAGGUUACAGGAAAAAAUAUUCUAUUGAGCAGUGAACUUGGUUAGUUAUUAGGAAGUAAGCUGGCUGCCAAUCAGCAGUAUUCAUUACAUAGAAGAAAAGGCUGAGUGUGGCACAAGGACUUCCUCAUUUUCAUGUUGGACAAGAGCAAAAUAUUUCAUAUCCGGAAUGCUUCAGUUAAGGUGCAUUUUGAUAUUGUAUCUUAUUCUUGUCCAACAAAGGACAGACUGGCUGUAACUUGCAGUAGUGUAUUUCUAUUUAUUAGAUAUGAAAGAUUCUCAAAUAUAGAUUGUGUAAUACCGUGGCAAAGUGGAAAAUGAAAAAACCCUUUGCAAUGCACCAUCUACGUGCCUUAGUGCCAUAGAACAAUGGGAAUUACUGUUAUAUUGCUGUAACAUGAGGCAGCUGGCAUUUGUUUUAAACUAUUAGUUAUACUUUUCUAUUAUAUAUGCUGUUUUUUUGUCUCCUCUUUUAUGUAUGUGCUUAUAUGCAAGUAUAAACUUUUUUUGUCCCUGAGAUCAGGGCAAGGCAUUUUGAAGUCCUGUUUUAUAUUGGGUUACUUCAUUUAUUUCCUUCAUUAAACGGAACCAGUGUCCAUGAGAAAAAUCUUACUUGCAGAUUUGUGAGUAUGAACAUGCUUCAAAUGCAAACCCAAUGCAGGUACCCACAUUGAGGCAGUGGAAGCCCAUUAGACAUGUUAGGUUCCCCACCUCUUUUAAAGGGGUUAGGCUCCUUCGCUACAUGACUCAUUUAUUACUGACAUAUCCUGUAACAGUUAAAACCAAAAUAAUGUUUUGCUUCACUCAUCAAUUGAAGAAAACAAUGUUGACCAUGCAUUAAUUAACCUGCACACAAUAAAUGAAAAUUGGUAAUAAAUGAUACUACCCUUCUUGUGUUUAAAUUUUUAUGUUUAUAUCAGUAUAUUGUUAUAGUUUACUAAGCAUUAAUAUUUACCGGUAAGUACUAGACAUUCUAGAUAUUUGCUUUAAAAUUUGAACCUUUUAUUGUUUUCUUGUAUGUGAUAGCAUACGGAUAAGUGUCCUUCGUAGGUAUUGGUAGAAAUAUUCUUAGUGUCCUUCCAGUAUCUAUGGAGAGAAGUUCAUGUAUAGUGGGCAAUGCUUGUUGCUGCUGCCUCCGAGCAGCUGAUCCCAAUUCUAGAAGAGAACUAUAUAUAGAUUUGUGUCCGCAAUUAGCUACAAUUUGUCAGAAUGUAUUAUAGUCUGAGAAAGCAGUGUAUGAAAGUUCAACUAUCUAUGGGGCUAAUGGGUGAGGAUGGUGAAUUUCUGAUGCACAUUUGCUGUAAUUUCAGAACCCGGCACUGGCUGGCACCCCGUGGAAACAUUUCACAUUUUCACCUGCUCAUUGCUUGCCUCAUGCUCCUCUCACCAGCCCAAAUCAGUAAGUUCCUCCUACCUCCCUUGCUGUAUCUCACUCUUCUGCUUCCAUACAUUUGUUACUCUAUUCCAUCACAUGCAGUAUUAGUAUUGGGCAGUAUUGUCCAUAUUAUAGACACUGAUAUUUUUUUUUUUAAAUAUUUUAUUUUCACUUUUUUUUUUUUUGCUUGAAAUCGUAUCCACUGGUUCCCUAUACCACUUGCUUUCCAUCUUUUUCACGUGCUGCAGUCUGUCCUUUUUGUGUGUGUACACUCCUGCCUGCUUCAUCCUUCUUGUCCACACUCUGGCUUGUAGCAAAAUGCUUUCACAUCUGUUAGUUCUUAGUCUUGUUUUCCAGUAGGUCUGAUACUUGAGGGUAUUCCAGUUUCUGAUUUUCCUGUCCCAAACCUUGCCUUUCUUACUGUAUGUUUUUUACACCGAUCUGUCGCUCUUAUUUACCAUCGCCUUUGCCACUUUUAAUGGUGAUCAUUUGUCACUAUUGGAUUCCCUCUGUCAGUCUCUUGUGCAUGCACAUAUGUUCUCUGUCUACCAUGCUUUUCUUUUGGUCAUGACCCUGUCUUGCCUUGCUGCCAUCACCCAAGAGUCUCUCUGUCAUCAUGUCUGUCAUCAUGGCUCCUCCUAUGUGUCUUUCUUAACUGCAUGCACUUAUGUCACUGAUUCCAUCCUCCAUGUUGUUUUCUUUUUAUUGUGACACCAAUCUGCUUUUCCUAUUUGCCAAAAUCUUGCUUGCCUGGUUUCCCUCCCCUCCUCCCCCUUUCAUUUUCCUCCCCUCUUCUGUCUUUCUCCAAUGCAGCUUCUUAUCUGUUCUCUGCUCUGUGUUGCUCUGCCUCAUAUGUGUGUGUCUCAAGUACUUGUGUUGCACACUUGUAGUCUUAUUCACUAAAGUGAGAAUUCAAAGUGAAUUUAAAAAUGAUACCAAAGUAGCUGAGCUGGAAACAUAAGCUAGAGAAUAUCCAGUAUUUCCAGUUCGGCAAUUUACAUUUGUAAUUAAUUUAGUAUUUUUACUUAAGUGAUGCAAUUUUUUCAUUGCAUGCCUACCUCGAAGUAUUACAUUUUUAGAAUUUCUGUCUGUCCUUGUCCAAAUGAAUAGUAAUGAUGUACACUUGAGAGACAACCAUGUCCCUAUUACUGUGUACGGCAAUAAAACUAUUCAUCUUUGGAAAAGGUGAUUCCUUGAAAUAGAAUAAGCAUCAGACCUGGAACUCUUUCUCUCUUGUUUGGGCAUUUUUGCACACCUUUCUUUUUUGGUCCCAUAUUUUAUGUAUCUCUGUUUCCUUUCUAUUGCUAUGUUGUGUCCAACACCUUGUAUUGCUCCUUUACUUGAGGGCAUUUGUCAUACUCCCUCUGGUUAUAUUUUUCUCUCACCUGUUCAUACAUUUGUUGUAUUGAUUUAUCUGCCCUUGAGUCUAAUUGCUAACACUUCUAUUUUGUCUUACUCAGAUUGUGUCUUGACAGCUCGACAGAAUAUUACCAUGAUCCAGUUCAAAACAAUUUGCCAACAUUCAACAACUACCUACAAGGCUCAAGGGAUGACUUUCUGGUAGUACUUCUUUUAUUUUUCUCCUUCAAUAGUACAAGAUUGUGUGUUAACAAUGUUUUUUUUUUAUUUGUUUGUUUUUUUGUGAUCCGUAUUAUUCAUUUGUGUAUUCUUAGAGGGUUACUCCACCCAAAACCAGUGUUUCAAGGAAAUACAAGUUUUGGUAAGAAUAACCUUUCAUAUCCCACUUCCAAUUCUCACACUGCUGCUCUGCCUCUUUGGCCGAGAUCAUCAGUGUUAAUGUUAUAGAAGGCUAGUGCAGAUGCCCCAAUCAAAUGCUGCUCUAUGAACAGCAUUUAUUAGGAAGACAGUUAUGUGUUAAACCUGCAAUGUAAACACUGUCUUUACUACAUAAGAGCAGUGUUUUAGAUUCCAGUGUUUAAAAGACAGGGGCGCUGUACCCAGACGACUUCAUUGAGAUGAAGUGGUCUGGGUUCCAUUUAAACAUUCUUUUCUGUCUUAAUAAUUUAGGCCACUAAUGAGUACACAUGUACAAUUACAUUAUAUGUACACUUUUCUGUCUCCUUACUCCUAUUCUCUUGUAAAACUAUGUUUCCUUGAUCAAUAUUUAUGGAAAUCUGCAUUUCAUUGUGCUGUCUGCUACCGUUCUGUGGCUUUUCUUACUGUUUCUUUAAUUUUUCUUGCCCUCCCCUCCUGCUUUAUAGGCAUGUCCUCACCAUCACUGUCUCUGUGCCCCCUCCCAUCCCUUGACCCUCCCCUUUGUCUGGCUGCAGUUCUGUGGUGACCUGUGCUGUAUAUUGCGUAAUGUUGUGCAGGGAUAUUUCCAGUAAUAUAUGUGUAAGUGAUUUGACUGAACUAAAAACAGAGAGAAGUGAAAUGCGCUGCAGCCUUGAUUAGUGAACUCCUAAAUAGUGUAUAUGUUUUUUUUAUGUCCUUUCAUGAAUACGUGCAAAAAAAACCUAUUAAAAUUCCAGGUUGUUUGACGUGGAAAACCCCUAAAAGAAGAGACAGAAUUUAGAUACAGUAACUGUCCUUUGUUAACUUUUGUAGUACAUAAAAGCCCCACCCAUGUGCAUUGAGCAUUUUUACAGUAACAGGGUAAAAUAAACAAAUCCUUUUUUAUUUUUUUUUGUGUGUGUAUAUAUAUAUAUAUAUAUAUAUAUAUAUAUAUUCAUGCUGUUUCUUGUAGAUUUAUUGGUGUCUAAAUAGUUCCUUGUUUUGCAUUAAUCCGAGAGUAUUCUUUUUUUCCCUCCCGUGUCUUACUUGUAUACACAUGGUUAUGGUCAUAUGGUGGAGUGAGGACCAGAUUUGAGGGGUGCCUGUUGUACCGAUGCAGUAUUGCGGUUCCAAGCUACUUUAUAUGCUCUUUAGGGUUUCAUUGCUUUAUGUUGUGAACGAGAGCUGAGCUGUGGGUUAGUCGGUCUGGUAGUGUUGGUGGGGUCUUUCUUCAGUGCUGGUGUGCGCAUGCCUUUAUGGGGGUAGUCUCUAUCUAUUUGGUUCCUGGAGAUUGUAUUAAUGAUAAUGUGGCUGCAUUGGUUUCUGUAAAUAUUAAACUUCCUGGAAUCUGCUUCAUUCCCCUCAAUCCAAUUGCUCCCGGGGGGGGUUGGAGGGGGGUGGUGGUGUAGAGGGAGCGCAAAUAAUCAAUUCCUGAGUAGUACAUAUAGAGAUUUGAACAGUAUGGGUAAUGCAGUGAAAGGGUUAAUAAAACAAGGAAAAUUGCAUUUACAGUGUACUGUAAUCAGCAAGUGAGUGUUUGGCUCAUUAGUAUCUUGGCACACAAUACAAAGGGUUAAACAGGUGGUUAAGAAAAAAAAGUCUGAUAUUUCUUGCAAUGCAGAGGUUAAAUCUUGUCUGCUGCUGCUUAGGGGUUAAGGUGGAGGCGUUUUCCGCACAGUGAUUGGUUGCUAGAGCAGGUACAGGUAUGUUGGGGGUGGAGUUUUCUACCAGGCUCAGUAAGUGUUGUGACUGCCAGGAAUUCUCGCACAGAAUCAUUUCCUGAAAGUCAGAACAGCUCUGAGAGGAAGUGGGAUCAGGGGCCGGCCGUGCAUACCCUGGGGGGGAGGGAGGUAGAAGAGGAGGGGAGUCAUAGGGUGGAGAGAAAAAAAGAGAAAAGCAAAAAAAAAAAUGAGCCACUGGGGGGUGGCUUUAUUUGAGAGCGCAGAGUAAAUGAAGGAGGGGGUAGCUCCCAGCUGUUGUGAUGUCCUUCUGUCAUGUGUAAGGCUGAGUCUCUCCAGCUGCAUCUGAUACAGCUCCUCUGUUCUGCUGGCAUGUCACAGCUGCAUUUCUGGCUGAAGGUGUCCUCCGUGAACAAGGUACUACGCUAGAUAUGUAUAACAAUAAAAGUAAUUUUAGCACCACCACUUUCUAUGUUCAGUUUCCAUCUGUAUAGCUUUGCUUGAAUACUAUGGUUUGUUGAUCUUGUUUAUUGAAACAUUUCCAAGAGCUACUUGUGUAAAACUCACUUGCCCCUUGUGAGUUAACCCUUAUACAGUACUCUUGUUUAUCGCUCAGUAGUUGUGUUUUUAGUUUCAUUUUCCGUAUGCGAAGCCAAAGCUUUCUUUGCCCUGUCAUUAUCAGUAUUGUGCAAGACUUUAUAACUCUUGCACAGCGCAGCUGGUUUUAAUUGUGAUUUUUCUUCCUCCUUUCUAUCAGCGUAACCCAGGUUCUAGUCAUGGCAGCCAAAGUGAGAUGUUCCCUGUCAGGUAUAUAGAGCUGUAGAGCAAACUGUACAAGUGUACGCUAAGUAUGUCGGUUUAUAUGUACUCUAUAGCAUGUGAGAAUGAGUAAACCCAACAUGUGACAGGUGGCAUUUCAGUAGGGAGGUAAUGAGUUGUGCUGCUGACAUGGUAGGUGGCUGAAUCCAUUUAUUAAUUAUACAUUAUAGUAUUUUUUUCUGUAGCACAAGGAACUGAAUUCUCAGAAUGUGAUUUAUUUAAUCCAUAUAGUUUAUGUGUUUCACAUGAUGUGAUAGUUUGAGAGGCUUUUUUUUUCCUUUACUUCCUGAUACCCCCACUGCUCUUAUAUCUGUUCCCCAGAUCAACGAUGUCUGAGCAUUCUGAGUAACAAAAGAACACCUUUGUAGGAAACUUCAGAACCUAAUUCAGGGCGCAAUCCUUUUUAUUUUUAAGUUCCUUUUGUUUUAUUUUUUUAUUAGUUAUUUUCAGGGUUCAUUAAUCCGAUUUACAGGUUUCUCUCCAGUGUGUUGAUGGUGUUUAUUUUUAAACUUCUGCAGUUUUUCGUAAUGCAGGACAAAUCGUAAAGGCUGUCUGCUACAAUAAUAGGUUCGGCUUUGUUUGUUUUUUUUAGUUUGUAUUAUUGUUAGUCUUAAGAUAAUCAAAAUUAGUGGGUAUCGUAUAAUAAACAAAAUAGUUGAGGUGGUGUAUAUUUAAUAUAUAUUUAGUUUACAGUAAUACCCAUAAUUUAAAUAGUUUUAUUAAGAUGGUGAGUUCUUUUACAACAUGAUUUUGGGUGUUGAUCUCCCUGCUUUAUGUAGAUUUCGAAUAUUCACAAAUUUUAUUUAAAGGCAGUCUAUGGUUUGUCUGUCGGUUGCUGUUCACAACAGAAAUUAUAUAUGUAACCAUGUAAUGUCAGGUGUAUCUGGGUUAAGAUACCUCACCUCAAUGUGUCAGAAUACAAGAUAUAUCAUGGGAUGUGUCCUUAUUAGUAAUGUUAAAAAUGUUUGAGUGGCCUUCCUCGUCUGUAAGAAUGCAUGUAAUCCCUAAAACAUUAGGAUAAAGGUGACUUGUGGAUUUUUAUUUAUUUAUUAAUUUGUGCUCCGCAAUUGAGCUGUAUUUUCACGUAUGAACUCACAUGAUCUUUAACCUAAUGAAUAGUUUUAGAGAAUGUGUUAUAAUUUGAAUAACUUGAGGGAUUCAGAUAUUCAAAUAAUAUUGGAAUUCAGGGGGUCCCGUAUGAUGCACGUUAGUUACAUCCAUCAAUUUACCUAUAAAUUUGAAGGAUUGCGUAAUUCAAGAACAAAACCUUCCUUGCCAAGCCUUCUGUCUAAGCCCUGCUUUAUUAUAUUCACAUGUAAUGUCUUUACACAACUAUAGUAUAAUGGCUGGUAGUGACAGCAAAACAGCAGAGCGUGGGUUAAGCGCUUCCUUAAUAUCUAUACAAAGAUUUGGGACCAUUCAUGUGGUUGGAUUCUCUUUGGGAACUGUUGGUGUAGAGUAGUUUUAGAAGUUAUCUGCUUUCACCUGGCAAAAACAUAUUUUUAAAAAAAAGUGAGUCUUCAGUGACUCCCUUUAAAUAAUAGUAUUUGUAUAAUCUCCAAUUGUAUGGGUGGGUGUCCAUCUCUUGGGGAAUCACUCAUAUCAGGUUGUCAGGCUUCUUGACAAUUGUAGGUUUGCUAGCUUUUCAGAAAUGUAAUAAUUAGUUCAUAUACUUCCAGUAACAGGUCUGAGUGAUCCCAAUUCCAGGAAUUAUCAUUGCUUAAACAUCCUACAGUCAUGCUGCUUCCUCAUCACAAACACCACGUAUCCUUAAGAUCACUAAGGAAAAAUAGAAUUCCAUUAUACUAGAGAAAAAUACCACGCAUUGUGAUGUAUACAGAGACUCCCCAAAUUUUCCAUUAAACCUGUUGUUUUAUUCUCCCUUUUACUGGAUUCACAGCUGAUAACAGUUUUUGGUGUUACUGCAGCAAUAUCCGUUAAUCUCCAGUACCAGUAUUACUGGGAUUUUAAACUGUUCUAUUUUACAAACAGUUUUACUUGUCUGUCACCCUUACUUGAACCGUUUCAACAUUAGAGCACAAAGUUAUUGAAAGAAACAAUUACAUUUAAAAUCUAGUUCGAAAGAGAAAGCUUUGUACUACCAUACUGUGGGGAGCAUCACAAUAUAAAUCUAUAUGAAUGAUGUGAUUACAUCAAGAAAAUCCCCCAUUUGAAAAAUAUCAAUAUUUAGUUAAUCAUAGUAGCAUUAAUCUGGUUGUAUUCUUACCUUUUUGUAUGUGUAUAUGUAUAUAUGAACAUAAGCUUGUCUUAUAUUGCAGUCAUCUAGCUGAGGGCUUAAAGGAAUUGUUGAUUAUCUUUAUAUUGUGAAAGGGAAUGUGUUUUAAAUCAAUAUUUAAUAUUAUUACGAGUCUACAUAAGUAGUAGGGCUGUGUUGGAUAGUAAUAACCUAUUGAGUCAAAAUGUUCCUAAUUUUAAAAUUGAGGGGUGGGGGGGUGUUCUGUUAGUAUUAUAUACUGAUAUCAAUAAGAGUAGACCAUUCAUGGUUAUAUACUUAAUGUCUGAUUUAAGUGGAUUUUAUGUGUUUGUUGAGUUCCUGUUGCUAAUGUCAUUGUAGAUGAAUAUAACCUCUCAAGUUCUCUGCAAGGAAUAGUGACUAAAUUGUAUUGCUAGCAAUCUAGUUGUAUCACAUGAACAAACCACUUAAGAUAAAUCUUGCUUCUCUAGAUCAUGUCUACUUAGUACAUCCUUUUCUUGAAACAACAGCAAAUUUUUACUUUUGUGUCAUACUUCGAUUGUAGUACUAUCCCACUUUUCUCUCUUUUUUUUUUUUUUUUUUUUUUUUUUUUAGAAUACUUCAGAAAUGACAGCCUUUCUUUACAGUUUUCAGUUGGUAUAUGAGAAUAUUUCUGUAGAGUACUUGGUUGUAAAAAAUACGGGAAAUAUGUCACGCACCAACAGUAAAGUUUUAAGAGGCAUGGCUACCUGGCUCCUGGAGUUUGACCAACCUCUUCUUCCAGUAAUUUUAGAAUGGGAGGGGGGUCUUAUUGUUGCAAUCCCAUCAUUGAUAGAUCGAUCUUCCAGUAACAUCAUUUUAUUAUUAUAUGCUAUGAUCAACUCCCCCACCACCACCACUCCCUCCCACAGUAUGUUUACAGAUGUUAAAAUUGUUUCCUUUUAUAACUCUGUACUCUAGUGUUGAAACUAUUUAGUUGAUAAUAUUAUAUAUUGUUUGUAUGAUGUAUUUUUUUUAAAAAUAUUCAUUGCUUUGAUGAUUUUUUGUUGAAGGUUAAGAAAUUGUAAUAUUCUCCAAUAUUAUGAUUAAAAAAAUGUUUGUGUGUGCUGUAAGUGAAGAUAAACUUUUUAAACCUGUCGGAAUUUCUAUGUAUCUGUGGUAGUGCAAUUAGGGGGGUUUCUUUCUGGUAGUAUCACAACAUGGUAUUAAUAGUCCAAUAAUAUUAUGUUGCAGCAUCCACAGUAAUAUGAAAAUUUGCGUUAAUAUAAUUCUUCUAUCUCCCCAUUAUUAGAAAUAAUUUAGCAGAUUGAAAGACCAUUUUCCAAGUGCUUAGGAUAAUCGUUGUGGAACUGCAGAGACUUCCUCCAUUAUGUUGAUUUUACGGUUCUUUGAGGUUGUGGAAUUUCUAUUUUUGUUGUAGUGGACGGGAGUGUAUUCACUUCCAACAAUACUGAGAUUAGGAGCUGUGUACAAGUAGCUGAGUUCUGUCCAAUAAGUGGAGUCUUUGUCUAGUUUUCACUGUUGGAACAUUACUUAUAGCAAAAUGCAGCAAUUUGGGUGAUGUUUCUCUGUGUGUUACAUCUGGAUGAUAAUAAUCCAAUAAUGGAUUGAUAUGAUGUUCUAGAGCAGGGGUUCUCAACGUUAGUCCUCAGGACCCCCUACCAGUCCAGGGUUUAGGGAUUACCUGGGUGUGUCUCAGGUGUUUAGAAAAAGGGAAAAAAACACCUUAGAUUUUAAGGUGUUUUUUUUUUUUUUUUAAACACCUUAGACACACCCAGGUAAUCCCUAAACCCUGGACUGGUAGGGGGUCCUGAGGACUAACGUUGAGAACCCCUGUUCUAGAGGGAUGAAUACUUUUCUAGUGUUUCGUAAUUUAAACCGACUCCUUGAUUCAGUAUAAUAUUGGCUAUAUGCACAAUUAGAGGAUUCUUUCAUUCAUAUAUAGAGUUAUGACAUUUUUUCUUUUAUUUAUAAGAAAUUGGUAGAUAUUUAAAGUAACUUAAAUGGCUAUGUUCCACAAACAGUACCCCGUAUAAAAUAGUUUAUGCUACAUAAUGAGUAGGAAAGAAAGCAAGAUGUGUAUGAGAUGUUCCUUGUCUCAUAAAACUUAAGAGACUUAUUUGCUAAACCUCAAAACCUGACACUUACAGGACACAGUCCCAGCUAAAAUCUUGAAGAAAUGUGUUUGAUCCUAUUCUCUGCAGAUGGAUAUAAACCCCCCAGGCACUACUUUAUAUUUCAUGGGAUAGUUUGGUACAUUGUCAGGAUAUUAUAUGCACAAUAGCAAUAGUAUUUAUUUACAAUAACUAAACCCGUAUUAUUAUUUAUGCCAACAUAAGUGAUUUUAUGGAACUUCAUGAGCUGUUUAGCUAUAGUCAAGUUCUCUGAAUAAUGACUGUAUGCAUUUGUGUCUGUAAACAUACAUAUGUAGUUAUAGACUUGAUACAGGCAGUGGGGUGACAGUGGAUAAAAGAAGCUCUGUGGAAGACUACUUUAAUUUCUGCAUCCUGAAAGUUAACUCCCUUUGCAUGAUGUCAGACAAGGGCAUAUGCAGAGUAAACAUAACCUCUGCGUUAUGCGAUACCGGGAAAAUAUUUAAAAUAAUGGACUGCAGCAAAAAUAUGUCCUUUUAAAAAGGGAAAAAAACAAUAUGUGGCUUAUUUUAACUGUGUAAUAUGUAUGCUCACAACGCCAAUAAUGCAGAUAUAUAUUCAUAAGUCCCAUAUUGUUCUAUGUGUUUUGUUUUAAAUUUUAACUUAAAACAUCUCUAUCAGGUAGCACAUUUUAUGACAACAACUUUUUAAUGUUGCCACUGUAUUAAUAUACUUCAAUUUUAAUUCAACCUAUCGUUCCUGUAAGUUUUCUUGUAUUUGUACUAUUUACAGUUAAAUCCCCCCACUUAAAAUAUCGUAAAGCGCUCCGGAUGUGUUGACGCUAUAUAAAUGGCAAUAAUAAUAAUAAUAAUAAUUGGUCUUAAAAAUUUGCUAUUGUUUGCCUGAGGCAAAAAUCUGCAUAUUUAGACUUUUUAAUGUUCCAGUACUUUAUUGAUAUUACUAAUAUGCAAGGUGAAGGUUGCUAAUCUUGAAAAUUUGCCUGAACUAACAUACAUUAUUAGUUGGGCACUUUGUGACCAUAACAACGAUAAAAUACAAUAUAUAAGGGCAGAGUAGGGAACAACUAUAUCAAGCAGUCUAUUUUUUUUAUUAUUUAUGUACAAAUCUUAAACUCUCAAGCAGAGCCCACUUUUUGUCUUAUGCAUUAAUCUGUUUUCUUGGCAAAUCAAGUUAAUAAUAAUACCAUUAAGUACUAAAUCAAGCUCUGCGCUAUAUACACGUUGGUAUUUAUAGUCAUCUCAAACAAAUCAAGGUGUGGCAUGAAAGCAGCGGAAUCUUGUUUGUUUUUUCUUUUAUAUCUUUCCUUUUUUCUUUUUUAUCCAUUGGAAUGGAUUUUUUUUUCUUUUCAAACCACAAAUACUGAUUCCUUUUGGCUUCACUAUUCGGAGUGUGUAUGGUGUCUUUCCUUUGGCUUUUGCAAUCAUAAUUCUAGAUGAGAAUGAGGGAUGUGAUAUGAGGGCAACAAUAAAUUAAUUAGGGUCAUUCUCCUCCCCUCUGCCAUGGUGUAUGUAUAUGGAAAGCUUUCCCAGAAAAUUAUGAGAUUCAUUACAACGAACAGGGCAUUAUAAGAAAGUGUUUUUAGGAAGAUGUUAGCUGUUAUUAAACAGAGGAACAAAAAAAUGCUCAAGAUUGCUGAGUUAAAGAGACACUACAGGUACCCAGACCAAUUCAUCUCAAUGCCUCUAGUAGCUGUCUCUAGUAGCUGUCUACCAGACAGACAUUAAAAGAUCUUCCUGUAGUUUCAUGGAGUUUGCCUCUGUGAAACGACUCUGGACAUCCUCAUGCUUUGCAUGUGGACAUCCAGUGUCACGCAAAGCCUUAUAGGAAAUGACUGAUUCAAUGGUUUCCUAUCGGCAAGUUCUAAUGCACGUAUUAGGGACCUCAUCGGCUGAUGCAACGGAGGGAGCCCGAUAAGGGAUCAGGUAAGUGAAAGAAAGGUUGUUUUUUUUUUUUUUUUUUAACCCUUUCAUGGACGGGAAGGCUACAGGGGCAGAGGGGCAUUUUAGUGUUAGGAAUACAUCUGUGUUCCUUUAAGAAAACAGACUGUAUACUGUUUGCUCCAAUGGCUCAAUACCCAUUUUAUUAAUAUUGGGCGGCUGCUUAUCAAUGCAGAUGCCUGUUGCAAUAGCAAAUACAGCUUCUGGGAUCCCCUCACUCUCUCAAACUUGCUAGUUGAGAGAAAGUCACUCUCCUCUGUAUACAGUUCAGACAAAAUUGUUCAUUGCCCCUGUACAGCACCAUACAUUGUAACAAAAAAAAGUUAGGUAGAUAUUGGAAAUUAUGAAUGACGAUAGAUUAUUAAUAUAGGUAGUCUUUGACUUUUGUUUUCUCACAAUGUCCUUAAUUUAUACAUGAUCCCAAGGUACACAAGACAGUCUCUGAUUUACAACAUGCUGUCUCAUUCCUUCCAUGCUUUGUCUUCAAAGUAACAGAACCCUAUUGUCUCUCCUAUUAAAUAAUGAGGUUGCCUUAAGUUCUUAAGAGCAUGUAUAAUUAUGCUCUGUAGAAGUACAAUUACAAUUCUUUAUAUAGUGUCAACAUAUUCCGCUUGGCCGUACAAUAGGCAAAUAAGACAAACACUAUAUUUUUAAAGACCAUGAUUGACAUAUUGGAACAAUAGGUGAAGAGAGCUCUGCCCAAACUACCUAAAAAUUUAAAAGGUGUGUGUGUGUAUAUAUAUAUAUAUAUGUGGUUCCAAAAUACCAGAGUAUACUUUUUUAUUUUAUUUUAUUUAGAUUAACUUAAUACUUAAAAGACAAGCUCUCAAAGCUCCAAUAUAUUAUACAAGAUGAUGCACACAUGGGGAAUAUUUCUACUUUUAUCAAUUCAAAGGUAGAGAAACGUCAACAUUUCACUCUCACCAGGAGACAUUUAUCAAGAUAUUUGGAUUUAUAAAGUAAAAAUUCUUCACAUAUUCCCUGUGUAGUAGUUUGGAUGCUUGUAUGUGGACCCAGUCAUGGUCCUGUAAUUAAUGUAAAGGACUCAUGAUAGAAUAAGCUUCCCUUCUAUAGUCCCUUAGUAGUCUUCUCGAUUCACACCUGUGAACAUUAGAGCAUGUUCCAUACUUAUCUAUUAUUCAUUGGGUUCUUCAACAUCGGUGUUAUUUCCUGAUCCCUAACCCACCAGUUGCUACAUGAGUUUUAUUCUUGAGUACAAAGAGAUUAAAAUCACAUUCAGUUUGUUUUCUUUUUUUAAUAGUAUUCUCUUCGCUGGUGUCACAAACAUUCCUGUGUCCGGAUUCACUUUUGUAUUCCAGCACUUCUUUUUUUAAUUUUUUAAAAAAUUUUUAUUAUUCAUUACUCACCACUAUUUGCCGCAUGUCCUACCAAUCUUCACCCAUAUUUAUAUACUUAGUUUUUCAGUAAUAAUUUGUGUAUUUUUUUUUUUAAAUUUAAAUAAAUUCAAAGAUCUAGUUAUUGAAUAUGCAUACACUUUUCAUGAUGAAAUUUAUAGCGUGAACCUCACUAGAGCCACCUCUAGAAUCACACUAAAGCACGGAGGCUCCAGUGGAAUAAAAAAUCGUGUAAAUGUAAAGGUGCAAAUGUGCACUUUUAUUCGAAACUAGUGCAUUUUUAAACCUUUACUUCUAUUCAGAAAGCAAAAGACUAAUAAAAGUGUCUCUUUAGCUUGAAAAAGUAGGGCUUCUGCGUAUGAUAAAUUCUAAACAUUUUUUUUAUAAAUGCUUAAUGUUCCGCUGCUAUGCACAUUCUUAAAGUGCAUCAAUAUUUUAUUGUACCUAAUAAUAAUUUUUGAUUUUGUUUUAACCUCACACACCUUAUACUGGAUGAGGAAAUUAGUUUUCAUCAGCGCUUGCUCUCAUUGACUAGACUGCUUGCUGUUAUAAUCCUAUAUGAUAUAACAGUAACACUCUACUUCAACAACCGUAAUCCAUCCCAAAUCCAUAUAUAUAUCAAUGUAAAAGAUAUAAUGGUCUUAAAUUCACCAAUAUUAAACCUUUUUUAUGUUAGCAGUCAGAGUUAAUAAAACAACCUAGAGAGAUGUUUUGCUGUAGAUUUUGACAGCUUCACACUGAUUAUGGAUCAUUAUUGGCACACUUGCUGGCUACCUACAUAGAAAACCGUAUACUACCCAACGUUGCAUAGUUUUUCUAACGAUACUAAAUGAGAUAUGGAAGGGAACUGCAAAAGACGCCCAGCUUCCUGAAAGGAAUGGCUCCCCUAUUUUGCAUUUUUUUCAUAACCACUCUGUUACAAAACAUUUAUGCAUUUGCGAAAUAGUAGCUCCCCAUCAAAAUAUCCUGUCCGCACUGUAAUGCUUGUAAAACAAUAUGGUGUUACCCACACUUGGGGAGCACUAUAUUUUUAGAUAUGUAAAAGCCAGAUCUACAUUUGGAGUCCACUUAGCUGGGCCAGUACAAUUAUGUUAAAUAUAUGUGUCAGAUGAUGAAGUUUACUUAGAUUUUUUUAUCACAUUGUCAGAUGUAGACUGGUGUUGAUUUGUCUCUUGUUUUGUUUGUUUUUUCUUCCUUCUCCCAUGUCUUUCUGACGGUAUCCACUAAUCUAUGCAUUUAUACCUAUUACAGUAAAAGAGGAAAAACCUGUAGCAGUUUUGGUAAUCUCCCUUUGAUAACAUUAGGGAGGAUAAAAGUCCCAAUAUUUCCUUUCUCUGUAAAUAUUGAACCUUUCCGCUAAACCCAAGAUUUAGUUUUUCUUCGGGCACUUGUGCAACUCUUUUAUGAAGUGUUCUUUAACCAUUAAUGAUUCCUUGGGGAAUAUCUAUCUUGGUAAACAGUUGAAAUGGUUAUUUUGUUUGAAUUUUUAGAGGACUUAUUUAACCUAUGGCGAUUUAAUUGUAAUAGUACAUCAGUUACAGGUAAGAGUACUGAGACUCCAUUAAAAAAAAAAAAAAAAAAAAAGCUUAAAUGGACAAUGACUUGACACUCAGGCAGGUAGAGCAAUAAAUUUAUUUGCAGUAAAAACACAGGCUAUUAACACUUGAUGACAUUGUAUUUUCUACUCACGUGACUGCAUUUCAUGAUAGUUGGUCUGUGGAGACUGCAACUGUUGUAGUAAUAUCCUUUCUGUAUCAUUGUUACUUCCAAAAGAAAUAUAAGGGUGUAUUUUGCGAUUCUGCGAAGGUGGUUUUGUACUUGCAUAUUAUUUGCAUCAAGAAUUAGGGAAAAAAUUUAUAUUUUUCUCUCGUUUGAAAUGUCUCUUGUAUAGUACUUCUGUGAUGUUUCUUCAUUUUUCACCCAGUAAUUUCGUUAUAUUUUACUGACUUGUAUUGAACAUGAUACUGCUUUCUGUACAGGACUCCAGUUAUUUGAAUGAGCCAUCCAAUCACUCCAUCCUCUGUUCCCCACCGGAUUCAUUGUCUGAUAUCACUGACACCCCAGAUUUCCUACCAGCUGACAGUCUAAACCAUGUAUCUACAAUAUGGGAAUUUGGCCUUCCUUCUCAGGACCUCAGCUCCAGCCAGGUGUGUAUGGGCAAAAAUUCUGUUUGUAUCACUCCUUCCAUUUGGUUUAUUUUUCUGGCUCUGUGCGUUUUAUGUUUUUAUUUUAAAGUUCAGCAUGCAUGUUAUUUGUGGGGUUUUUUCAGUCUUAUCCCUCUCAAUUUGUUUCUCUUGAUGCAGUCAUUUAUUUUCUUAUCUCCUAUCACUAACAGCUCUUUCCAUCCAGUCGUCCAUUUCUGGGGUUGGACAGUUUGGAAGACCUACAGGCCAUAAUUAGUACUCCCUCAGUGCAACCACGGGUAAGACACAUAUGCAAUACUUUUUAUUUUUUUUAAUUUUAUUUUUUUUUAAAUUCUUUAUUUUUGUAGUGCGUACAAAUAUAACAAUUGCUUAGGAGGUACCCCAAAGGCAGUCCUCUAGCGCAGAAUGUACAGUGUGAACAUAGGGGUUGACAGUAGAUAUCGCACAGUUUUGUUUUUUGGGUAUGGAGAUAGAUGGUAUAGGUUUACAUUGCCUAGGUUCAGAAAGCAGCAUACCUUUAGUUUAUAUAAGACAAUAAGUAUUUACAAGGGUUUCGUUGCAAAGUCUGGCAUUUUAAACAUUACUAGUUUGUUCAGACCCUGAAAAAUACAGGUUAUGAGGUUUCAGCAGAUGGCAAUAAACAUGCUAGACUGGAUCUCUAUGUGACAAUUCUGUCUACGCUUAAGUUUAUAUCAUGGUUUUGAGAGAACAAGUUACUAAAAUGGUGGUUAACUAUGAACGUGGUGCUGCAUGUCCCGUAACCUAGUACACAGGGUUUCUGUAAGGUAAGUUUUACACGCUACAACAAUCCUGCUUGAUCUGGCGUUGUGUUGCCAUGAGUCCCACUAAGGUGAUAAGUUGCAUGUAAUUAUCUUGGUGUUCCAUACCAUGUUCUACUCUGAUUGGUGUACUAUGUUUGCUUAUCUCGUGUGAGUAGGUCUUAGCGGAAGCCAUGGAGCCACGGGUUCUCACCACACUACUCGCCAAUGUAUCCCUAGUCCAGGGCAUUGUGGCUGGGUGUAACGUGUAUAAUCUUAGGUCUCCCUAUCAUGAAAUUGGCUCGUGUGCCUCCUGGAUAGUUGUACGAUGUGUGUGUGUGUGGUCUUUGACCCCUAACCGACGGGGGCCUCGGAGGGGUUGGUGGAGAGGUAUUAUGAGCAGGCUCCGGCUUAACGGUGGCUGUUGUGGGGAUUGCGGUGCCCAUCAAUUGUGGUGUUGGUAUGUGGGUCAUCUCCUGUGAGUCGGCCGUUUAGCUUAAGUAAGUGUUAUAUGGGUGUGUGCCCUGCUAGGUUCCCUAUAUGGUGCUAAACCCUUGGUAUAUGUGUUAACUGUGAACAGGUAAUAGAAAAACAUUAUGGUUAACUCUGGUAAAUUUUCAUCGGCGGGCUGAGUGGUAGUCAUGUACGUCAAGUGUCCACUAUCGGGAUUUCCCGUCUCCUCGGUACAAAAGGAACAGUUCUGGUGGGGUCCCAUGUAUGGGAGCUGGUGGGCUCGUCAGGUGGAUCUGGUCUCGGUGAGAGCUUCAGCGCCUUGAGGAAGGAGUCCGCUUCCUGGGUAAAGGUGAGAUGCAGAGUAGUGCCGUUGUGGUCCACGGACAAGGUUUUGGGUGUUGUCCAACGGUAGGUUACUUUGGCUUCUUGGAGGCGACGGGUCACUGGGCGUAGGUUUCGUCUCCAUUGAAGUAUGGAUCGUGUUAAGUCUUGGUAAAAGGUAAGACUUGCGGAUUCAAAGUCCAGUGGCGUUUUGCCCUUUAGCGCUGCAAAGAUGGCGUUCCUGUCUGCCUGAGUAUUGCACCUGACGAUUACAUCCCUGGUUGCUUGGGGGGGUGCCUGUGGUGAUUUGCGGAUGCGAAACAUCUCUGCGACGGCCAGUUUUUUGACCUGUGCAUGUGGCAAUAUGGUGGCCAUCAGUCGCCUGAGAUAAUGCGGCAACUCUGACUGACUGAUAUCGUCGGGGACUCCCCUGAUUUUUACAUUGCAUUUGCGGCUCCUCUCUUCAGUUGCCUCAAGUUUGCUGAGCAGAGUUGAGUGAGAGGAUUUUAGGUGUAAUACCGUUUCUUUAAGGCCUUGUAUUUCUUGUUGUAUGUCGUUGAUAUCUUCCUCUGAGGCUUUCACACGGUCCAUGACCGCUUGGACCUCCGUUUUCAUAAUGGCCAUGUCUGCCGCUGUCAUUUGUUUUAGUUCCCGCAGAAGGUUUUUAAUGUCCAGUUUGGUGGCUGGUGUUAAAGCAUCUGGGUCCGCUUGUAUGUCUUGGGGCAACCGAUGGUCUGGUGUAUCCCCCUCAGCCUGAUCCGAGCAUGUGGAGAUAGUCUCUGGGUCAGGCGUGGUCGCCAUCUUUGAGCCCGCCGGGCGCUGGAGCAUGGUGCUAAUGUCAUGGGUGUCUUUGCACGCACCUGCUGCCGUCCGCUGGGAUUUUCUCCCCAUGGUGUCCGGGUCGGUGGGUGCUGGCUGUGCAGUUAAGGAGAGUGCUGCGCUGUAUAGUGCCGUAUCAAGGGCCCUGUAGUCUGGGUAGGCCUUGGCUUUACGGCGGACUCUCCGACCCGUCUGCUGGAAUGUAAAGGGCAUCAGUCGGGUGUCUGUUUUGCUCUCCCGGUCUGCCCGCAGGGUUCCGGAGGUAUGUGGGCUCUUUUGGUUUUAUGUUGGUUUUAUUUUCUCGUUGAUUUUGUCUCGUGGUUGCCGGAGCUCUCCGUGUGUGCGACCGCUCGGUUCCGCGGCUAAGCUCCGCCCCCUACUUUUUAUUUUUUAUAUAGAUAGAGGAGCAUAAAGAUUUGCCACAUUUUAAUGAGGUAUAAAAAAUGAGCGAAGCUAUCUAGAAAAAUUUUUUUUAAAAAUCAUAUCAAACAAAUGGUGACUAUCGUUGGCAAUACAUUGCUGAAGAUGUUUACUGAAUUUCUCCAUCGCUCUUCGGCUCGUCUUAGGCGGAAUGGCAUCAAUUUCCUGUCAGAUCCUUUCAUUCAAAUCCUUAAGAGAUCGGAGAUGAUGUUUGAAAACCUUUUCCUUUAGGUAUUCCCAAAGGAAAAAGUCACAUGGGCUUAAAUCUGGUGACCAUGCCUGCCACCUCUAGUCUCUCCUUAAAGAGAUCAAAUGCCCAGGGAACAUUUCCCUCAACACUCCGAGCAAUGUCGUGCUGUGAGAGCUGUGGCUCCGUCCUGUUGAAACCACAAAUGUUCUGUAUCUACAUCAUCCAGUUUGGGGGUCUCCAACAUUAGAACAUUUCAAUGUACCGGUCGGAGGUCACAGUUACUUUUGCACCAUGGCUGAUCACACCAAACAGUUAAGCGAGAAUAGUGGAGCUGUUGUUCGUGGAGUUCACAGGGUUUAUGUUAAGCCCAAUAGAUAAAUGAAAGUGAGCCUCAUAGCUACUCAGAAGAACAGUUGCAGCUGGAACCUGUUCAAGAAUUUCCGCACUUAGGGCUCUGCGGUUGGCAUGAUCUCUCUCACUUAAUUCUUGAGCCAACAUCAUUUUGUAGGGAUGCAGUUUUAAAUCGGCAUGCAAAAUCCUCCUCAAACUGCGACUUGAUAUCCCCGGUGCCAUGGCAUGCCUAUGAGCGAAACACCUUGGUGAUUACUGAAUGGAUGCUCUUACUGCUUCCUGGUGAUUUUCUUUUCCGUGUGGAUCCAGUUGCCCGAAGAUCAGAUAUCCAUAGCAAAAUCAUUUUCUGAUCUGGUACAGAUGCAUUUCGACUAGGCAUGAAGCGUGUAUGGAAUGCUCUCUGCAUCGUUAUCACAGAACGGUAGUUCUCAUAAUACACUUGAACAAUAAAGCCCCGAUGUUGACUGGUCAAACUCAUGAUGGGUACUGAAAAUGACAGAGCCAAACCUACCGAAUUAAACCUUCAACACCUUUCUACCCCCACUACAGCCCUUACAGUGCCCCCUUGAAAUAUGGGAGAUCUUUAUGCCCCACCCUGUAUAUAAAAGUGUAUGUAUACAGGCUUUUUAAAAUCCGCAAUCAUCAAAUUAUUAGUCACUAGAUUUCUUUUGUCUAAUAUUUUAGAAUCCGAAUGUUGCAGAGGAAGAUGAUGAAAAUGAAGACACAGAGGAGCUGGGACACACGGAAACAUAUGCUGAUUAUAUUCCAUCAAAGUGUGAGUGCAUGUUCUUUGCCAUAUUGGAUUCCUGACCAGUAUUUAAUGUAGGGUAUAAAUGUGGGCAGGUAGAAUAUUGUAAUCUUUAGAAUCUUACUAAAUUAACUUACAGAUUCAAAUAGCUUAUUUUGUAAAAUUAUUUGUAAUUGACCUUGUGUCUCAUUUCAGCCAAACUUGGCAGGCAGCAUCCAGAUCGUGUGGUGGAGACCAGCACUCUUUCCAGUGUUCCGCCUCCUGAUAUUACUUACGCACUCUCUCUGCCCAAAUCUAUUAUUGACAGAGGUCUACUCUCAGCAUUGCAGUUGGAAGCCAUAGUUUAUGCCUGUCAGGUGAGAUUGGAAUGCUUUUGAAAGGUUGAAACUCAUUUUGUUGAGAUAUAGAAAUUAAUAUAUAUAUUUAUUUUUUUCCUCACCACUCCUUUAGCAACACGAGGUUAUUCUCCCAAGUGGACAGAGAGCUGGAUUCUUGAUUGGUGACGGAGCUGGUGUGGGAAAAGGCCGAACUGUUUCAGGGAUCAUCCUUGAGAACUACAUUAAAAGAAGAAAGAAAGCUCUGUGGUAAAAUGAAAAUGUUUUUCUUUAAUUCUCUGUCUAUAUAAGUCGUUUUCUUCCCCACAUCUGAUGUUCUGCAGGAUGUAUUUGGCUAUUUGCAUGUUUCAAAGGGAGGUUCUCCAAGUCUCAUAUUUAUGUAUUUCUCCUCAGGUUCAGUGUAUCUAACGAUCUGCGCUGUGACGCAGAGCGAGAUCUCCGCGACAUUGAUGCUAGUAGUAUACCGGUGCAUGCACUUAGCAAGGUGAGGCAUCCAGUAAUAUGAGUAUGCAAGUUUUUUAUUUUUGAUAGAUGUAUGUGUACCAAUUCAUCUAGAACACUGUAUGUUUUUGCAUUCUGAGCAAAAACACUUGAAUAAUCUAUGCUUCUUUCAUAGUUUAUGUUGCAAGGAUCUGCAACGUAAAUGUAUCUCUGCGUGUUAAUUCAUUCUUGUUGUACCAAUUGUGGCUGGUGAUGUCACUCAUGGAAACUGAUCCACCCUGCCAGUACAAGAACCUGAAAAUCAUGUGCAUGAUUGAGAGAGCCUGUGCAAUGGUUAGCAUUGCACCUUCAGUCAUGAAUUUUCAUGUCUGAACUACAUGCCUAAUGGACAUGUACUGUGCUGAUCAUGGGUUUAUGAGAUAUCCUUAGCCAUCCUCUGGAAAACAACGGGAGGACUUGAAUUAGAUGACAAUACUUUGUCACUUUCUAGUCACUAGAGAAGAUGUAGAUUUUCACCAGUCUAUCUUUUGUUAACUCAAAAUAGAUUUCUGUAAUGUGAUCUGUUUUACUAAAUUCAAUGCGAAAACAGAGUGUUAAUUUAUAACUGCAAGUCUUGGUUAGAUUACCCAUUCCAUGUUUAAUGUGCUAUAAGUACUGUGAAAAGAUACCAACUGCACGAAUGUAUGUCUUCUACUACUUUAGUAAUCUAAAAUUUCUCCUACUUUAGUAAUCUAAAAUUUCUCCUACUUUAGUAAUCUAAAAUUUCUCCUACUUUAGUAAUCUAAAAUGUCUCCUACUUUUGUAAUCUAAAACCAAAGUAUAGCAAGCAGUGACCUAAAUAUUAGGAAUGCAAGCACAUACAAAAAACUAUGCUAAGGGGGCCGGGCCGGGUCGACCGGACGCCAUUAACAUGAGCUCCUGCACUAAGCUGAUAAAAAAAGGCACUAAAACAAUCGCCCCAGGCGCCUAAAUAUGCAAUAUUCCACCAUAUCCGAACAGAGAACGGCACCAGCUUACCCCAGAUACCCGCACGAUGCCCACCGCAAGCCAAGCAAGUGGAGAGGGCCCGGGCCCGGCCUACACGAGGCAGAGCGCCAGAACACCAGUGGCCAUUACUGGCAGCACAUCGCUGUGGAGCAGAGAACCACCGAGGCAUCCCGCUAUAGACACCUCGACAGGGGGAGAUACUCGGCCCGGGGCACAGCCCUAACCCCACCCCCCCACCCCCCUUUUGGCCGGCGGGGGAUAUCCCGGCUUCCAGGUGGAGGCGCGGUUCGGAUGCCGACCGGCAGCAUGAAACUCAGCCAGCAUGCAAUAUCGGAGGUGCCCGCGGAGCUGAAACACCCACCCGAGGAGGCACCCAGAUCGGAGCAAAAGGGCUUGGACCCACACAGAGAUAGCCCCAUUAACGGCAAGAGCACUCCUUAAAGGCAUCACCACAACAUCAGAGGGGUAAAUGUGGAGAGCGCUAACUAUGGAGGGCCGUACUGGACGGCCUGUGCGGACUUGGACAAAGCUGAGCGCUGGAUGGAUCCCCUGUGAUGGGUGCCCUAGCCCCUGGGUAUGUGGGGUCCCCAGAGGGCCAUGUCCCUGAAGCCGUGGGGCGGGCCUGCGCGGCCCCUCGGGUGGCCAUGGGGGGGAGGGGGUGUGCAGGCUCCAAGAAAGUGGCCGGCAUCGGGUGAGACAGCGGGUAACACGCUCCUCUUGAGUCCUGGAUCUUGGGUGGUGAUGGGGAGGUGCAGGGAGAGGAGGGCCCGUGGACUCUAGGUGUGGGAGUCGUAUGGACAGCCCCUGCUCCCGAGUGCCCACAAAGCUACAGAGGACCCUGGAGACGGACUGGGGUUGUUGCGGGGAGGACAGACGGAGACUCGGCGGCCCAAGAACGGCAAGGCAGCUGUGCAAUGAGCGGCCCUCAGUGAACUGAUCUGAAGGACAGACCAGCCCCGUAACCGUUAAAGUUCUCAAUUAACUUUAUUUGCUCCCCUUUGGGAUUGUGUUCAUAUAUAUAUAUUUUUUUUUAACCUGUACUGCAUAACUGCUUGUUUGAGUGCCUCUAGAAUGCUAUGUACACCCAGUUUAUAUGAUUGCUUGUUUAUUCUAACUUGUAUGCCUCUGCGCAGGCAACCAUAUGUUAUUUUUACCAAUUCACAAAAUGCCUGCCUACGCUUUUCUGCGACUCUAAUAAAUAUAUUCAAAACAAAAAACUAUGCUCUCACCUUGUUUUCACAUCUAUGUUUUAUUUUUUUUUACAUCAUCAUAAUGUGUUUAAAAAGGUGGGAAGGUCCAUUCCAGACUGGAAUUUCCCUUAACAUAGAUUUACUUAUGUUUACUAAUUCACUCAGUGGUUAUAUCUUUGCUUUAGAUCAAGUAUGGAGAUACGUCUGCGUCUGAGGGCAUCUUGUUUGCCACUUAUUCAGCACUUAUCGGUGAAAGCCAAGCAGGAGGACAACACCGGACACGCAUUAAACAAAUCAGAGAUUGGUGUGGGGAGAAUUUUGAUGGAGUUGUAUCCUUAUAAUGGCUAAUUUUCUGACCCUGUGCAAUUUAAAAUGUACUUGAGUUUGUGUGAUUUCCAUUUAAAGUGUAUUUAUGGCCUAUUAGGAGAUUCAGAUUUCCACUUGUCCACUAGCCAUUGAUGAAUAGAAAUAUUUGCACAUGGUGAGUGUACCAUGGGCCUACUAGACUUGUAGUGGCAAGUAACUUCGAUUCACACCUAGUAGUGUAGGACCUGAAAUUUUGGGCCUUAGUAAUAAUGACAUGCAUUAGUUGAAUGCUACAAUGAGCAAAUACCAGUAAUUAAUAUGGUUAUGUUGGUUGCAUACUUUUGGUUUUGUUUUUUGGAUCUCUUCCUUGACGUUUCAACCCUCUAGAUUGUAUUUGAUGAAUGUCACAAAGCUAAGAAUGCAUCUUGCACCAAGAUGGGCCGUGCUGUUUUGGACUUGCAGAAUAACUUGCCUUUGGCACGUGUGGUUUAUGCUAGCGCCACAGGUGAGUCUAUGAAGACAUCUCUUCAAACUCUCAGGCAAUCAUGCUCAUUUCAUAACCUAACUGCUCUAUCCUCAUUGCUUUGCCAAAUUUGACUUUUCUUUAUCACCUCAUUUCAGGCGCCUCUGAACCCAAGAACAUGAUUUACAUGAGCCGUUUGGGAAUCUGGGGCGAAGGAACAUCUUUCAGUACUUUUGAUGAUUUCUUGCAUGCCAUUGAAAAGAGGUAACUAUUAGUGGGUAUAACUGUCAAUACUGCAUGGACCAGAAGGCAUCUAGUACCUGGGAACUUUGAGUUUAUGAACAGAGCAGCACAUGCUGUAGUUAUUCCAAGUUAAGAAAUGCCAAAGAGUUUAUAUCGAACAUUACUUUUGUUCAUUCUUUGAGAUGUUUCUUCCGUCCAGUCAAUUUCUCCUGUCUGUCCCAUCUAUUACUCCUAGGGGUGUGGGAGCUAUGGAGAUUGUCGCCAUGGAUAUGAAGGUCAGCGGAAUGUACAUCGCAAGGCAGCUUAGCUUCUCAGGAGUCACCUUCCGUAUCGAAGAGAUUCCUCUUGAUGAGCAAUACAAACAGAUGUAUAACAGGGCAGCACAACUGGUGAGUCAUUAUAGAGUGUGCAAAACGAUAAAACAUGUUAAUAAAAGUAAGGUAGGACAGUGUGUUUUGUAGAGAGUUUUUUUUCAAUAUUUUAUUCUAGGAUCAGGCCCAGCCAAAAGCAUCAAUUUUUAAUAGUUCCCAUUAAAUAAAAUUGACUUUUCAAAUGUAUGUAGUGUCAUUUAGUUUAUAUAUAUGUUUUCUCCAUGUGGCAUGUAUCCUCCUGACAGUUUUCUGUUGUGAUGAGGUCACAACCUUAUCUACAGAGCAUGACAAAUGUCUUAGUCUAGUAGUCAUGCUUGAUUACAAUAGUUUAGUAACUAUUUUAGAAUGUUUUUGGUUGAGAAUGCUGUUCUAACCUACUCUCAGCUAAUUAAUGUCUACUGACUUCAAAAGUGUAUUCCAUAAGCUGAAAAACUGUAUAAUGUGUACAAGACAUUAUGAUUUUGUUUCUUUGAGAAAUCAGUGAAUGGUUUUAAGAGUAAGUGUCUACAACUAGCUGUGACUCUUACCCGUUCCUUUUUAUUUGUGGCUCUUUCUUUGCUGUUUCUUUUUAUUUAUUUAUUUGUAUCUCUUAGUGGGCAGAAGCAUUGACUGUGUUCCAAACAGCAGCAGACUGGCUAGGAUUGGAGUCCAGGAAGUCAUUAUGGGGUCAGUUCUGGUCAGCUCAUCAGAGAUUUUUCAAGUACUUGUGUAUUGCUGCUAAAAUAGAUCGUCUGGUGACACUGGCAAAGCAGGAGCUGGCUAAAGACAAGGUGAGAGAAUUGAGAGAGUAACAAUUCACAGGACAUUCCAAGAGACUAACAGGGUAAAGUGUAAAUUUUAAGUCUUUCAAACUGAAUAUACAUUUUCAGGCCAGAGUAGCUGAAUGGAGACAUUCUCAUAGACAGCUGUAUUUCCAGUUCUGCUAUUUUGGCUUAAAAUUUAAAUUCCUUUUGAAUUCCUAGUAAUUCACAAUUUUCUUUGUUGUUUUAAAACCCAUAUGAGCAGUGCUGUGCACUUGGAGCUCCCUCUAGUGUUUUAUACUGAUAAUAAAAUUACACUGAAAUUUAGGUUCUGUCCUUACUCAUGAAGUGUCAGCAUACUGGAAUGUACAAAGAUUAAGGGAAAAUGUUGUUUACAAUUGUGAUAUAGAGUGUUUUUUCCAAAAAUGUAAUUGAAAAUGAUUAGAUUUUAUACUAAAACUCACCGUUGCCUUGCAGUGUGUGGUAAUUGGUUUGCAGUCCACUGGUGAAGCUCGCACACGAGAAGUGAUGGAUGAAAAUGAUGGCCAUCUCGACUGCUUUGUGUCAGCUGCAGAGUAAGUGUGACAAGUGAAACCAGUGUGAAACACUGAAGAUUACUAUUGACAUAGGGAUCACAGCUCGACUCUAAAUUUGGAUGAUAUGUUGUUGCUGAAGAUCGUUGGGUUAGCAUUUUAACUUUUUUUUUUUUUUUUUUUUAAACCUUUUCAGGGGUGUCUUCAAGUCUCUGAUCACAAAACACUUCCCCUCAACCAAAAGAAAACGGGAGAAAGGCCUUCUGAAGAGAAAACGUAUGUGUGCAAUUGCCCUUCUCUGUUCUUUGUUCCCCUUAACAAUCUGCACCCUUUUUUAGUCGUCUUCUUAAUCCACAAUUUUUUUUUUUAGCUGCCCCUCAGAAAUAAUACCAGCAUUUCAUCUACUCCUAGUAAAGACUUCCUAUGUGCCCUUUUUCUUUAUUUUUCUUAAUUUUUGUUUAUCUUUCAGUGAAAUAUGCUUUGUUUUGUUCAGGUCGUGGAAAACCUCGCAGUGGUAAACUGUCCCGUGUAGAUCCCUCUGGAGUAAUCCGUAUCAGUGAGGAGAGCAGCUCAGAUUCUGAAGGUGGCAUGGACAGUGACUUCAAUUCAUCCCCUGAGUCUUUGCAGGACAAUGAUGAUGUCAUCUUUGUGGAACACACUGUGAAUGGCCUGAUUAUGCCUGAUCGAGGUAAGUAAUUAAAGUGAAAAGAAUAUAUUGAAUGGAAAAGAAAUGACAUAGAAAGACAUGAAACAAGGGAAAAUAAAUUCUAGAAGACACCAGAUGAUUGCUAGGUAUGUGGCUGUAAAUGGAACUGGGCUAUAAAUUAAGGCAAGGAAUUUGGUGAAGUUGGCAGAUUGGCAUUUACCAGAAUUCUGGUUUAUUAUCAUGUAGCCUAGAUACUUUCUUUAUGAAAGUAAUGUUGUGUUAUCAUCUCGAGUGCCUGUCACAUUAGUCCUAUAUUUUGAGUGAAGUGGUCGUUAAAGACCAAUAACCAAUCUCUUGUGUUUGCAGGACUCUCGUCCCCCUCACUGCUGUGUUUAUUUAUUUAUUACUGGCAUUUAUAAGGCGCCAACAAAUUCCGCAGCGCUGUAUAAUUGGGAAAAAGACAAAACACAAUAAGAAGAGACUGAUGCAACAGGUAGAGGGUCCUGUUCAUGAGCUUACAAUCUUAGCAGGAUUCAUGAGAUCUGCAGUUAUAGUCAGAAAUUACUGACUGGAAAAACAAAGUCAAUAGAUUCAAAAGAAAUGUCAAACCAAGUAAAGUGAUCUGCACUGUGCUUGGGGCUUGGUUCUGCAGGUGAAAGGAUUAAAAAUCACUAUUAGUCUAAACUAGAGCAAAAAUAUUGAUGAUAAAAUCUCUCUUAUCAUCCACACUUAACUCUAUUAAGCAGUCAGGAGACAAAAGCUCCCACCACCAAGGCAAGUUAUAAUGGAGUACUUUGUGAUCCUCAAGCAAAUUAGAUUAUCAACCCUCAAAACACGAUUUUGCCGAAUAUCUUUAAAUUUUAAAGGACAAAUAAGUUCAUGACUUCGGGCAACAUGAAUCUUUACCAGGCAAUGUCAGAACUUUAAUAUAUGAAUAUUUAUUAUGAAGAAAAUGGUCACAGUAAUUUAUGUAAGAAAAAUUACAAAUAAUUUUACACCACCAGUUAAAAACAAAAAAAGGAGAAAUUAACAGAAAUCCUAAUGACUUAAUUUGCCGUUACAUUCAUGUUUUGUUUUUCUGUCUUGGGGAGCAUCGAUAGAAACUGGCACUUACCCAUGUUAAAUCUGGUUCCUGAUGAUCACAAGGCUCAUUAGCAUUGGGUGGAUUUAUACACCCCCUUUCCCUCAAAUCUCAUAUUUCCAUGGUAGAGAGGGAAGGUGUAACUGAAGGAAGUCUAGGUUCCCCUCCCCUCCUCCCUCCUACUUUUGUUUGAUUCAAACAGCAAUCUAUAUAGAAAUAUGUUUUUAUUUCUUGUUGUACUCCUGCCACAGAAAUGAUCUGUGAAUUUGUUGCAAUUUAUCCAUUACUUUACACUCCCCAUCUACAUCCUAGUACAGCAGACUUUACUGUUCCUUCAAAACGGCUUAAGUUACACUAGUUAUGUUUUAAUUCCGUUAUUAGGGUUGGUUGUCGCUGUUAUGAAUAUGUAUAACUGGAUUAUUCACCUAGAGAUUAAUAUUGUUUUUUGAUUGUGCCUCUUUGCAGAAAAUAGUGUUCUCACUGCUAAUGGUCAUUUAGCAUAUCAACUGAUACUUAGUCAUCCAGUCUUCUAAAUCAAGAUACGUAUCGGCAAUGUGUGUGUAAUCUUUCGCACCUGCCAGAGGUACAUGGUUGGGGGCAAGGCAUCAAUGGAAUAAUCCCUUUGCAAUCUUUCCCUGGGAUCUUCCACAUUCCUAUGGAACCAAAUUAACCUUUCUUAUGCUGAAAUCAGCCAUAUAGCCUUUACUAAGUGACCAAUUUAUGUAUUCACUACACAAAUCUAACAGCAAUACAUAGCUAGUGUGACAAUGAAUUAUGCUUGCUGGGCAUGGCACCUGCUCUGUGUUUGUGUGGUAAAGCAGAAGGUCAUACUUCUGCAUUAUUGUACCAAACUGGGACAUUAUUUAUUGACUGAUGCUCUCUACCAGUGAAGGUCCCAGCUAGUUAUGAUAAUGCAAAAAUAUGAACCUCUGCUGUAUAAUUCCAUCUGAGACAUGAAAACAGGUAAGUGUGAGAUUGUUCUUAAAAACAAUUUACGAUUGUAAAGUGAUAGGAAACCACUGUAACAAGAAGUACGACAAUGUACUGAAGUGAUUAUAAUGCCUAGAGUGUCCCUUUAAAUGCCUUUGUUAGUCAUGCAUGUGUAAUGAACCCACAGCUAAAAUAUUUCUAUUAAUUAAAAUAAAUCACUGAAUAACAAUUAAAGAUAGUGACACAAUACUUCAUCCAUUUAAAUAGUUAUUAUUCAUUCGUUCAAGUCAGUGAUUGGAAUGCAUGUGAGCUUUGAUCAUGCUGCCCUAUAUAUAUAUAUAUUUUUAAUUGUAAUUAUUGUAUCUUUAACAAAUAUGUUGCCCACAUUUAGUUGUUUUCCUGUUUUCCCUCUGCUCUUAAUCUUGGGUUUGAUUGAUAUUAAAGGAACACUAUAGGAUCAGAAACACAAACAUGUGUUCCUGACCCUAUAAUUUUAAAAACACUAUUAAGCAUUUAUUCUAUGCAUUUAUUUGUAACACUUGUAUUCUGGCCCAUUUUAGUUUUGGAAUAUUACCAAAUGGGUUAGUCUAGUAAUGAUUUAUUUACAAAUUGGUUAAAUGGCCUCCUACACUUUUUUUCUUUCAUCCAAAAUUUCUAAAAUCAAAUGUUUAUAUGGUCAUUUCAGUAGGCAUACUUACAAUGCAGUAAUAGUGCAGUGAUUUUUACGAGGAUGCUGUUGUAUAUAUUUUUUUAACAUGGUAGAAGUUGGAUGGCAAGAAGAUCGCUGAAAGUGAAAUAAAGAAAUUUUGUAAACUUCCUCUAACUUAUUCAUAGGUCCUGAGCAGGUUGAGCUCAUGAAGAAAGAUUUGCUAGCCAAGGUCCAGACAUUGGGAAAAGACUUGCCACUAAACACACUGGAUGAGCUGAUAGACAAGUUUGGAGGUCCUGAGAACGUGGCAGAGGUAUUGUGUCUAAUUAAUGGCACUUUUAGUAUAUCUCUUUGUUGGGAAUGUAGAUUGUAUCCAGUUAAUGACAGUUUCUUAAUCUCCACAGAUGACUGGUAGAAAAGGACGUGUGGUUCGCUGCAGUGACGGAUCUGUGCGCUUUGAGUCUCGUGCUGAGCAUAACCUGUCUAUAGAUAAUGUCAAUUUACGAGAAAAGGAGCGCUUCAUGAAUGGAGAAAAGGUGAAUAAUUAUGACCUGUGUCAUUUAGGGGGGCAGGCAAUUUACCACCUCUGAUUUACUGUGUAGUCUUAGUUUACAGAAAAACAAGGCAAUGUAGAUUGAUUUCUGUUCAUUAUCCACAGGAGUAGGGUAUAAUCCCUCAGUAUUUAUUAUAUAUUCAGAUCUGAUUGAGUAUUAUUUUGUUUAGCAUUUGAAACAUACAAUGAUACAAUGUAUUUUGGUACUCUUUAUUCUCGAAAAUAAUACAGGCCAUUUUUCAGUAUUUUGGUGUAUGAGAGUAAUUACAUAUAUGUAUCUUAACACGCAUUUGUGAAUUCUAAAUAUAUUUGCUUUAAAAUGGGUUUUUUAUUGAGAGAUAUCCAUAAAAUUAGGUGAAGUAAUUUUAGUAAGUGAUGUGUGGGGAUUAGAUUGAAGAAUGUUGUUAUUUAUACAAAAAUACUUAUUCCCUGACAUAUAUAGCUUAAGCACUCAUAUGAUUAUUUUCCUCCUGAUGGACAGGUAACCUAUCAACGGCACUAAAAAUUAUCAGAAUUAUUAAAUUAUCAGAAUAAUAUAUAUCUUCCAAAUACCCAUCCUAAACCUUAAACGUUGUGUCCUGCCCCUGGAAUAUCAGUUGUUGCUUGUUCUGCAUGCAGAUCCAAUGAUUAUUCUUAUUCACGGGAAGAAGGUGGGAUUGCGUGGGCAGUUAUGCAGAGGAAUAUUAAACUCCUUGGUUGCCCAGGUGCCAUCUCAGGAGGUAACAUAGUAUUUGGUCAUGUGCUGGUUUCAGGAGUGCAUGAUUGAACAUCCCAGGUAGCUAGCUUGGAAUGCAUGCCACAGGACGGCAUUCCACUAGCAGAAGCCAAAAAUAAUCAAGGAGGGUGUAAUAGAAAGGAUGGUAUUUGUGCCUUUGUGUAGCCAAUGAUUUUUAAGAAGCCAUGAUAGUUUGUCGCUCCUCCUCCUAACUUUUGCUUCUAUUAUUAAGACGUUAAGGAAAAGAGAGUAAUCUUCCUCAGAAUCAUCAGAAGAAUGCACAGUUACCUAGUCUGGCCAUCAUCUUCUGUCCAUAAUUCUGGAAAGAAUCUUUGGGAUUACCAGAGGAAUAAUUCAGAGUCAUUAAAGAUGUUGUUAAGUGAUGGCAGAAGCAUAACCUGAACACAGGUUGUUGUGAAAAAAAGGGAAAUUUCAGAGAAACGUGUUUAUUUCCACACAUUUCAAGGUUUUCUUUAACUUCCAGGAAAAGGAGAUAUGCAGGAUUGAGACUCCCUCUAUAAAGUUGAUGUCCCAAAAUAGACACCUAUUCCCAUAGGGUAAGCGGUUUCAUAGAUCCAAUGGACAAAAGAGCUGAAUCCUCUUGCAGAUGACGUUUUCAUACUUUGGCGGACCAAGCAACCCUCCAAUAAAAGGACAUUUCUUGUUACAGUCUUUGGAGGAAUGUUUAGCAGGGAAUUUACAGACAAUAUUUUGUUUGUUCUCUUUAAACAGAUUAGAAUGGGUAAUGAGUGUGUGUGUAAUAGCCGAUGAAGUUGUCAUAAAAAAAAAAAAUGGGUCUCUCUUUAAAGGCGAGAUGCACCAUUUGGUUAAAAUCAGGAACCACCUCCUUUCAAAAAAGAAAGCUUUUUCACUCAACGCUGGAUGAACUAAUAAAAGGAUGUCAAAGAUCAGGAAGGCUCUUCCACAAGAAAUAAAUAUCCUAGAUGGAAUAAAAGAUUCUUCUCCCAUCCACGGGUCUUCAUACAACAGGAGAGUAAAAAAAAAAAAAAAGUUUUAUGGUCGUUCCUAGACAAUCACAAGAUAAUCGAAUCAAGAGACAGAAAUCAGUCUUAUGAACAAGAAAAGUGUAAGAUGCUUUCGUACCAAAGGAUAGAUCGGAGGAACACUGUAGAUGAUGAGAAGAAGAAAUGCAAGAUCCAUGGGUGAUAAAGAGAAUAAAGUUUGGUUAUCACUCAGAUUUGUGCAAGGACCUAUGCCACAUUUUUGUCCCAAAAGACAUUUCAAGAGGAUUCAACAAGCACAGUUCUCAAAAGCACUAAAACUUUCAAAAUGUGUGAGUGUUAUGAAGUGCAGCCAUCUUGGCGAUAAGAUGGGUCAAAUCAAACACAAAACCUUUGUACGCAGAUGUUAAUACAUUAAUUGAACGAUAAACUUCACUCCCAUCAUACUUAUUUAGAUUUGUUGAAAAGAUUAAUAUUUCUCAGAAAAGACCUUGCUUUCCAUCAGUUGCAAGGGAAGAAUAAGACAGAUGCUUAAUGUGUAGGUUGGGAAUCUCUCUCACAAGGCUUGGUCUUCUAUAGUUGACUAUUCUCAAAGGUUACCCAUCUAUCAGGGUAGAUAGCCAUGUGUGUUCUAUUGCUACACUGUCAACAUAUUCUUAAAUCAUUGUUCCCCUCUUCUCUCCCUCUUGAAGUUGGUGGCUAUAAUAUCUGAGGCAUCAAGUUCAGGGAUCUCACUCCAGGCUGAUCGCCGAGUACGGAACCAACGUCGCCGGGUCCACAUGACGCUAGAGCUGCCAUGGAGUGCUGAUAGAGCAAUUCAGCAAUUUGGUGAGUGAACUAUUAUGAGUUCUAGGAUUUCCCUCCCAGCUUGUGUCUUCUAAAAUAAUGCCUAUUUUGUGUCUACUCUUUAAAGGACCACUAUAGGCACCCAGACCACUUCAGCUUAAUGAAGUGGUCUGGGUGCCAGGUCCAGCUAGGAUUAACCCAUUUUUUUUAUAAACAUAGCAGUUUCAGAGAAACUGCUAUGUUUACAAAUGGGUUAAUCCUUCCUCCAAUUCCUCUAGCGGCUGUCUCAUUGACAGCCGCUAGAGGCGCUUGCGUGAUUCUCACUGUGAAAAUCACAGUGACAGCACGCAAGCGUCCUAUGCGACCAGCUGAAUGCGCCCGCAUUCAGCCGAAUGGGAGGAACAGAGGAGGAGAGCUCCCCGCCCAGCGCUGGAAAAAGGUAAGUUUUUACCCCUUUCCUCUCCCCAGAGCCGGGCGGGAGGGGGACCCCUCAGGGCACUAUAGUGCCAGGAAAACGCGUAUGUUUUCCUGGCACUAUAGUGGUCCUUUAAAGUCCUAUUUAGUACGGUUUUCAUUCUGCUAUGUCUACUGGGAGGACAUUUUAUGCUCUUAAAGGACCACUAAAGGUAUCUGUACCAACAUGUUCUUUAUGAGCAUUUAAUAAAGAUUUAUAAGAUAUGGUUUUUAUUGGAGGGUAUGAGGUUUACAGAGCUGCUUUAAAGAAUGUUACCUAAUACUCCCAGGUGUAUUUGUGUCUUGCUACUUUUCAGGCCGCACACACCGCUCUAACCAGGUAUCUGCUCCAGAGUACGUCUUCUUGAUAUCAGAGCUCGCAGGAGAAAGGAGAUUUGCUUCUAUUGUUGCCAAGAGGCUAGAAAGCUUGGUGAGUGCCAACAAAUCCAUUGCAUUAUACGUUUCACCCCACUCUUCUACUUAUUACUGCUUUAUUACCUUAACGUUUCUUCUGCUUCCAUCCAGGGUGCUUUAACACAUGGUGAUAGGAGAGCAACAGAAACCAGGGAUUUAAGCAAGUACAACUUUGAGAACAAGGUUUGUACUCAAUUGUAUUAAUGUGACUGUGUUUGAGUAGAGGUUAACAAAUACAUGUAUGUUUUCAAAAGAUAAGAAUUCAAUCAAAGGGUUUUAUUGUGUAUGUUCUCAUGUAUGGUUAUGUUCCCUCAGUAUGGGACACGUGCUUUGGAGCAGAUUCUGUCUGCCAUCCUGAACCAAACACAAAGAGAUGUGCCUCCUCCACAGAGUUAUCCAGGUGGUCCCAAUGCUUUUUUCCAAGGUCAGUAUUCUUAAAUAUUUAAACUAUUAGAAGUUUUUCCAUCCACAUCUUCUUAUUAAAGUACCAGUUAAAGUGACACUCUAAGCACCAAAACAUUAGCUUAACGAAAUUAUUUUGGCGUAUAAAUAAUGCCCCUGCAGUCUCCCUGCUAAAAAAAUUCUUCCCUUUAGGAAUUAACAGAGCAAGUAAACACAUUGUGCUGUAAGAUGUGAUUGAAAAUUUAAACUUUUGUUUCCCCUCCCGAUGAGGAUUGUAUGAAUCACAGCCAGGGGAGGCCACUGCAUAAACCAAUUUGAACCAAUUUAACUCCUAUUGAGAAUUUGAAAUUCUGGCAGUGACACUGCUUCACCAAGCUAAAGUUUUUUGGUUUUUUUUGGUGCUUAGGGGAUCCCUUUAAUAUCUCCCCAUCACUGCUCUUCUUUCGAUAACGGACUUUCCAUUGAAUGUGUAAUGUGCAGUGACCAGUUUUUUCCAUUUUAUCUCUUUUUAUUUAUUAAUUUAAACAGAGGCUGUGCUUUUGUAUGUAUGUUUAAAAAUAAAUACAAUUUAGUAUGGACACAGUUAGGAAUAAAUUUAGACUGGAACUACUGCAAAUAGUGAAACAAGCACUUCAAUGAAGUACAAUUUGGGGAAAAAAGGAAUGUCUGUGAUUAAUUUUUGUACGUGGUGUUUUUUAUACUGCUUGGGAAAGAUCCUUGAAUUUUGUGUUUUCUCUGGAGUAAAUAGAUUUUACAAAUAAUAUUUAUAAGCUAUUUUUAUGUCCUGCUGGACUCAGGAGAAAUUAUUCUGCAGCCAGGGGAAUAGAUCCGCGUCCAAAACAUCUCUCUGUACUCUCCCGUGUGCUAACAAGAGAGGUGUUUGUAACAUUCCAUCUUCAGAAACACUAAACUGUGUUGUCAGCUGUUGAAUUUAACCCCCUCAUUGAUAAAGUGAGUAAAGAAUUAAACAAUUCUCUAGAUGAAGGAAUUUUCUUAUAUAGUCAAUGUAAUGGACUUUGUCUAUUUGGUUAGCUAUUUGCUUUGCUCAUUGUACCAAUUAAGUUGUAGUAGUCAGAUGGAGACUAUAGCUUCCUAACUGUUCCCAUCAAUUAUCUGUGGGAGUUAGAGAUAUUUGUUAAUGUCCAGAAGUCACACAUAACUUGGAGACAAAUUAUAAGCUCACAGCAUUAAAGAAAAUUAGGCUUUAGAAACAACACCACAGGAGUGUGCAAUAAUAUAUUUAAAAAGUCAGAAAACACAGAAAUUCCUUGUUUUCCAAAUUGUACUUGAUUUCGAAGUGCUCGUUUCACUAUUUGCAGUAGUUCCAGUCUAAAUUUAUUCUUAACCGUGACCAUACUAAAUUGUAUGUCCAUUAUUCAGUUGUUGCUUCCAUCCUUUGCCUCUGUAUGUGUGUAUCCUUUAUUAAACCUUGUGUCUAUAUUUAUUUUUUUUUCUUUAGAGUUAAAACAAGGGCUUCUCUCAGUUGGUAUUUGCUGCAAAGAGACCAAAUACAAUGUUGUUGUUGAUAAAGGUAAGAAGCAUGUCUCUUGACAAAUCUCCGUUCACAACUUUAAUUACCACCACUAUUCUUAUAAUUUCCUAUGUGUUUUUUUUUCUUUCUUUCAGAAUGUUCAGUCACAAAGUUUCUAAAUCGCAUGCUCGGCCUGGAGGUUCACAAACAGAACAGUCUUUUCCAGUUCUUCUCUGAAACAUUUGACUUUCUGAUUGAGAAGGACAAGAGAGAGGGGAAAUAUGAUAUGGGAAUUCUGGGUAAGAUUAGUAACCAUGUGUGGGAAGAAUGGCAUAGUAAUUUGUAGCAGAAUCUUAUAUUUAAUUUCUGCCCACACUUCGUUUAUAUUGACUGCGCACAAUUCUCUUUCCUCAUUAGAUCUGGCACCUGGAGUGGAUGAGAUUUACCAUGAGAGCAAAGAAAAUUUCUUGACACCUGGUCACCCACAGGAUGGACAAGUUGUUUUCUACAAGGUAACUUACUACAAACAGCUAUCAGAUUUCUGCCUACUGCCCAACACAUCACUGACUCUAGCUCUUAUAUAUUGUCUCUUGUCUAUUUACAGAUUAGUGUGGAUCGUGGGAUGAGUUGGGAAAAGGCUGUAGAGAAAUCACUCACUCUCCAAGCUCCAAAUGAGGGGUUCUACUUGUCCUACAAGGUAAAGAAGAUACUAUUUUUGUGUUGCUUUCAUGUAGAGGUAAAACUAUUGCCUUUAAUUAUCCUGACAUUAGUAGGACUAACCGAUUUUACGCUGUCGCCUUUUUUUUUUUCUUUUAGGUCCGUGGUGAUAUGUAUUCUGCUCUUUUGGCCGAACAUAGACAGGGAAAGUACUUCAACCUGUAUAAACCCAACAUUGGAAAACAGAGCCAGGCUGAAACGUUGGAGAGCUUGCUUAGCAAGUACCACCCGGUGUGUAGAAAGUCAUUGUGUGUGUGUGUGUUAGUUAUUUAAUAUGUGGUCAAUUCAACAUUGAUAGUGUUGCUUUAAGAUGUAUUUUAAUUAAAAAUGUGUGGCAGUGACAAUUUUGUUUUUAUUUUUGUUUUCAGGUUUCUGCAGAGGAUGCGCAACAUCACUGGGAAAGCCAAUACAUCUUCUCCUUCAGCAACUGCAGCCAUACUAUGUGGUAAGAUUUUUAUUAUGCCUUAAGCUCUGUCUGCUGUAUUUGACUAAAUUUCCUGUGCACUUUGCAAGACUCAAAAUUUCAUAAUUUAUUUCUGGCUUUAUAUUGUUAUUCUUGGCUACCACUGCAAUCUUUUGUUGUGUAGCAGCCAUCUUGAACUAUUACUGGAGAGCCUUAGUGCUUAAGUGUCCGGUAAUAUCACAGUAUGGAGGCGCGUAUUGGCUUUAAAGGGAAAUUAUAGUGCAUGGAAAACAACGUUCUUUUCUUAGCACUAAAAAACACUUCUGUCACUUAUCCUAUUCCAGUGCCGAUGUCCCUCUCCUAACUACUCGGAGGUCCCUCUAGUGGGUGUCUGGUAUAUAACUACUAGAGGUGGAGUUAACCUUGCAAAGAUUAAGGGUCCUGACACUGCACCCAGACCACUUGAAUGAGCCGAAAUGAUCUUGGUGCCUAUAGUGUCCCUUUAAGGGAGGAAACCAUUCUGGUUGUCGGUUUUAGGCAUGGUAUCAGAUGGGAUGGCUAUCCAUUAGUGAAACAUCCAAAAAUACCAAUGUCUCGCCAGUCACUGCAAGAUUUUGAGCACACAUAUAUAUUCGCUGUACGUCAUUGGUUACAACGUAAAUGACCACAACAUUCAUUGUAUAUAGCUGGUCACAAAUGGGUUGAAGUAAUAUUGUUGUGAAGAUCUUGUGCUCUCAAAUGUUUUGCAUCGACAUAAUAUUGUUAAAGGGACCCUCUGUGCCCCUAAAGCACUUUAGCUGGCUGAAAUACUUUCUGUGUAAAGAGUGUGUUCUAUUUUUUUACACUUUUAUAAAUUAUACUGCUUACACCCCUCUGGCUUUUUAAACAGACAAAAGCUCCUGUUAUUUCCUGGUUUGGUAAGUCUAUUUGCACGGAACUCAAUAAGCAGCAAUUGCCCAGAGCACCUGUCUUGCAAAGAAUUCUCAUUGAGCUGCAUUGGGAAGUUUGUGAUUGCAAGACCACAUAAAGUUUGUUUUAUUUACUAUGAAUUCAUGCUUACAGUACAGACUAAUUUAGUGUUACAGUUUGGUGAAAGAGAAAUUGUUACUAAAAAACAAAACAAAAAAAAACCUGACUAAUAGAAUUACUGAUUUCAGCCUCCUCUUUCCAGAAACUGCAGCUUGAUAUUAAUUUAUGGCAUUGAUUCUGCAAUUUAGGACAUUAGUCAAUGAGGGACUUUUAUCGUCAUAUUUAUGUUCUGGAUUGAUAUCUUAGUUUAAAAAUACUUUACAAUUAUAGAAUGCAGAUACAUUCAUAUGAUAUUUUCUCCUUGCUGUUAUUAUUCCUCUGAUAUAUAAAACACUAUAAUAUUGUCUUGUAUAUUGUGUAUUUCCUGACAUAUUAUUGUGCUCUACAUAGGAACGGGAACUGUAAAGGAGUGCAGCAGGGAAGGGAGUGUGUCCAAGGAUUACGUCUUAGGCAUUACUACAUGCUUUGUGGCUCUCUACUGCGAGUGUGGAGUCGUAUGGCUUCUGUGAUUUCUGACAUCACCAACAGUAGCUAUCUUCAGAUUGUGCGAUUAAAAACCAAAGACAAACACAAACAAGUUGGUGAGUACACCGUAUCAAUAACCAGCAUUGAUAUCCUUUUUUAAACUCAAUGUCUUGAUGCUUUCCCAAGUGUAAUGGGGAUGCUUUUGAUGCUGAGAAAUCCGAAUCCCUUUAUGGAGCACUAUAGUGUCAGGAAUACAAACAAAAUACAAAAUGUAUUACUAACACUAUUGUGUAUAAGUAACUAUUUAAGUAAUCAGCCCCCCUUAUUUAGCUCUAGAAAGGUUAUUUUACUCAUGUUUUCUCCACCACCAUAUCGUUCCAGAAGAAGCUUGUCCUGCCUGGCUCUGCCUCCAUGGUUGAGAUCAUCAGUCUUAAUUUCAGCCAAUCCAAUGCUUCCGCAUAGAAAGCAUUGGGAGGCUAUUGAUCGAGCGUGGCCAAACACACAUAGCUGCGCCAGUCAGCAUCAUCCUCUUAGAGAUGCAUUGAACCAAUGCAUGUCAAUGGGGAAAACUCAGCGCCUAAAUGAAAAUCGUGGAGGCGCUGAACACCAGUGCUACACACUGUGAAGCACUAAGAUAGUAAGUGAUAGGCACUAUAGGUGUUCUUAGGCAGCAAUGUAAACACUUUCUCUGAAAAUACAGCGUUUACCGUGCUCAGCCUGUUGGAACGGACUAUAGACACCAGAACCAUUACAUUAAGCUGUAUUUGUUCUAGUGACUAUAGUGUCCCUUUAAAUGCAGUUAAAAUGUAUGUGACAGAUAAUAUAAUAAUAUUAUAAAAUAGAAACUUCUUUACAUUUGAAACAUAUUAAUUUAUCUAUUGUGACAUAAAGAAGCACCUGCCUAUGAGCUUUCCUAUUUUGUUCAGCUCUCACCUGGUUUGUGUUUCUGGGUCAAAUUAAGUUAUGCAAAUAUUUGAUUCCUCUCUGUUUUCAUGAGUAAAUAUGUAUGUGUUUUGUUGCUGUGUGUUUUUUCUUUUUUUUUAAUGUUUUUUUUUUUUUUUCUUGCAUUUCAUUUUAUUUAUUUUUUUUCUGCCACAUUCAGGCAUUAAGAUUCCAGAGAGCUGUGUGGCAAAAGUAAAAGAGGAGCUGAAACAAAUGGAUUUAAAUGUGAAGCGCAAACAUGAGGAAUCACGUCAGAACACAGAACGGCUGUCUCUUAUUUAUCCAAGCUCCACAGCACUUCCUCUGGACCUUUCCCAAUCUAUUUAUGACAGGACACACAGCCCAUUACUGCCCAAUGCAUAUGACUUUUGGAGCAGUUCGCCGAAUGAUCUAGAAAGCAUUUUUUCUUCCACCACUCACCCAAGCCAGCAGCUAAAUGUGAGGGAAAUUAUAGAGGAGAUGCUACAAAAAUUGAAAAAGCCAGAUCCUUCACCCUCUGACAGACACCCUUCAUCCUCUGACAGACAUGGUUCACCCUCGGACAGACAGAGUGUCAUCCAGUAUGGGGGAGAACCAAACAACUUCUGGGAGACAGACUAAAGCCUCCUUACUACUCCUGAACUCAGACCAGCAGAUCUGGCCCCUGCUACAUAAAUCCUUAUAGGAAGAACCAAGAUGACAUGCGUAGAUCUCAUCCACAUCAUCAGAAAUGGGGGGGCCUGCAUAAUUUCUAUUUUAUUUUUCAUAAACUCUGCAUGCUCUGCAGUUUGUAAAAAACUAAUAUAUUUACAUCAAUUGGAUCAAAAACAUCCUAACCCUCUAAAGCUACAGUGUGCAACCUGUCUACAUCAGGGCCUGGUAUAAAAACAGGUCUGACACCUUUUAUGUAAUAGCACUCAGCACUCCUGAAUAACCGACAUACCUAGCUCUGGACCCUAAAUGAUGUCCCUGUUUAUUUGGGACCGGCUACUGUAUAAAGCAUUCUGUGGAGCCAUUAACACCUUUCGAUGGAAAGGUUUGUGUGCUCCUGUUUUUAUUAGCCUUUCUCAUGUUUAUGAGCUGUUCUAUUUUUACUUUUCCCUAGGACGGAUUUUAAGGUUUAGGUUUUUUUUUUUUGUAAACACCCCUUUAACAGACAUAAGCUCCAUUGUGUCCAGGAGCUGACCUCUCACAGCGUUUAGCACUUUAUCCUCUUCUCUGCCGAGCAUUACAUAUUGCUGGCCCAGAGUUAUACGCAGAGCAAUACAGCAUGUGUGAGCAGUAUAAUAAUGCACGGAUGGGCUGGGAGAGACAGAUUUGGCUUUUAACUUUGUAUUUGUUAUGUCAACCCUUGCUAAUCUUUGCACUAUUUGCUCCCCUGUGACCUCGUCCUCGUGGAUGGAAGGGGCCUGGGUUAUCAACUCAGGGUAUAUGUGUAUAUAUGUUAAAUAUCCACAUCUGUAUAUCUCAGGCUGAGCACGACAUGCCAGACAGAGGCAGAUGCUGUUUAAGUUUUAUGCCAAAGAAUUUUAAUUGUUUUUUGUUAUUAUUUAAUAACCCGUCCGUGUGGAAGCUUCUUUACCAUUGUAAGGGCAAGAGCAUGCUUGUGGUUGAAAACAAAUUCUGUAGAAACCUCACUCUAUAUUCAAUAUCAUUAUAUGGAGAUUGAGUUGCCCCACGUUUUUAAGAACAUCUUAAGGAGAUUUCAGAACCACCAAUUGCAUAUACUCAUUGGAGUGAUGAUAAAUUACUUGCCUCUUCAUCACAAGCCAGAGAUCCUUUAAUUUAGGACCCCUAAAAUAAUGUAUAUGAGAGAGCUGCAGUUCCACUCAUGAUAGAACAUAUGGAAAGCCUGUUGUCUCUUUCAUCUUGCAUAGCUUCAGGGCACCAACAUAGUAAUGGUUCAAUAAGUCAACAAGCCUCCAUAUUACAGUCCUAAUAUAUGUGAGUUGCAAUGCCACAGACUAGUUGCUCCAUGAGAACUCAUACCUCCUUUGGCCUUUGCUCAGUCUUAAUUUUGCCAUAAAGUAAAGUUAUUUGUAUUUCUACAUGGGAGAUUGGGAUGACUGUGUGCAAUAUGAAGCAUUAGAUAGAGGGUAGUAACUAUAUGGAGGGACCCUAAUCCAACAACUUUGUUAAAUAUAUUCUUCCUUUUGUCACCUAAAACCAGUAGUUUUUAUCUAUUCUGCAUUGGAGAGGCAGCUUUUGUGUUAAGGGACAAGCGGGUGCAGUGUAUACAAAACUUUAUCUAUAACUGACUUUUAUUGUACCUGAUAAAUAGAUUGCAUUUCUCCAUUUGCAUUUUGAAUCUCAGUUCUGUGGGAUUCUCUUGCUCAGCUUGUAAAUCUUACUUUUAUAUCUUGGAGAUUUUAAUUAUAAAUUUAUUUAGCAGCGCAACAUUUUAAUAAGGCAGUUACCCAAAGAUUAAAGUAAAUCCAGAGGGAGUGACUAGAAUUACUCAUGAGGAAACCAUUUACCAUCCCUCCACUCUUACUUUAUUACCUCUCCGGUUGUAUGUCACAGCCCAGUCUUUGUCCAAUUACCGUGGUCGGUGCUGUGUUGCAAAGCAAUAUUGUAUCUUGUGCAUCUCCAUAGCAGUUGAUGAUUUAUGCAAUGUUCUCCAAUCAGUGCCUUGCACACACAUACAGACACAUCCACAAACACAUAUCUAUAUGUUCCAGUUUUGGAUGCUGCACCCAUUAAUGUAUUUCCAUGUAUUCUUUCAGUAUGUUGCCGAACUGUAUCUCAGGUAUUUAAGCACCCUUUAGUGUUUUGGGGACUUGUAUCAGAUUUGGGCCUCGAUUUUUAUAUUUUUGGAUAAGCUUUUCAAAUUAUUUAUUAAACUUUUAAAAUGAUUUUUUUGUUUUAAAUAUUAAAAUAUCAAAACAAAAAUAUAUAUAUAUAAAAAUAUUACAAUUUUAUUUUUCAAAAUACUAAAUUAUUUUAAAAGUUUAGCCAAAAACAUUAAAUUAUUUCAAAAGCAUUUCCAAAAAAUUUAAAUCGAGGCCUUCAUCUGAAAUCCAUUACAAACCCUUCUGGAAAAUAAAGGGUUUAAGAGGAACUGCUGCCCCAGUGUAUCAGGUUAAUUUUAAUUUUUACCCAGUGAGAUCUCUUCUCAGUGCGUGUGAUCUCUUGAACAGAUUUCUUUUGCAGUAACUUAUUGUGACACGCGUGCGUGCUACUGAUCCAAGCAAGCGUCCUCUUCACAUAUUUAUGAAUCUGUGAUAUAUAUAUAUAUAAAAUUAUAAAUAUAAAUGUAUACAGUUUUAUUUAGAAUAUGUGCCUUCAACUAAUUCCUACUUUUCUACUUGUAUGUAAAGGGUACAAUUUGGAACCCAUCCCAGUAAAGUUUUAAAUCUGAUUGCAGACUUAUGAGUUUCAUUAAUAAUGAGGGGGAGGAGGGUCAAUAAAAUUGCAGGCUAAUGUGUUUCAGAAUCUGGCAGAGGUAACUGUCGAAGCUAAUGCAGAAAAUACUCUCAAAACACUGGCCCUUGCAUGUACCAAGGAGAGAACGAGACAACUUACAAUCUCAUAAUGCAGUUUAAAGUGCAUACAUUACUACACAAACCGUAAAUGUUUUAUUUAUUGGAAAAAAAAAAAGUUGAAUUUUUAUGGCACGGUUGGCUUUGUGAAUUAUCUGAAAGGACAAAUAAAAAUGUCUUCUUUCCGGACCGUGAAAAAAAUGCAGGGAUUUAAACAGCUCAUCUGUUCGGUUCUUAAUUCUUAAGUUUAUCACAUGCUCUCAGCAGAGAAUUUUCUAAACCCGUUUAGGACGGAAGCAAUAUCCAAGUUCUGAAACAAAACUUAGAAUGUGUAUGUUCUACUUUAGUUUAAAGGAAAAAAGAAGAGGGGGGUACCUUCAAUAUUAGUAGCUUGACAUCAAUUUCUUAUGGUUUAAAUAAACUCCAAGGGGCA